CUACGACAGCGGAUUGGAAUCGCGGAGCGACCGAGUCGCCGGGCGAUAAUGUGAUAUAGCCGGCUAUGUCCAGCAGGCAAAACUGAAAUACAAGUUAAAAGUAAUAAACACCGAAAGCCCCCGUAUUCUCGCAUCUUAUGUUUGUUGGGGCAGUGAGAAGAAUUGCGAGCGAAAUACUAAUUUCCAUACCUAACUGCGUGAGAUAAUCUGCGGUUGGCAUUGUGUGUGUCUCGCAAUAAAACCCCCAAAAGCCCAAAGCUUCAAGUGUUAAAUAGAAUCAAAUAGAGAAGAAGCGUGUGUAUUUGCAUUUGGGAAAAUUAAAGUCGAAUUACGUGGGCCGAAAAAUUAAAGACUGAAGGCCAUUCAAGGGUUGUUCAAAGAGAAAAUUCGGUGAAAAGUCACGGUGUGCGUGUGUGUGCGUUGCGUGAGAAAAAUCAAUUCUGCAUUUGGUGGAAAGCCGAAAAAGGAGAGAAAAGUGGUGGAGUGAGGGAAAAAGGACACGAAGGCUGGUUUUUUGUUGGCUGCGAAAAACUCGUGACCGAUGACAAUUUGGCUUGACGAGGGUCUAUUAGCGAAAUCAAUGCCAUUAUGGCUGAUACUGGAGGACCAGGAUCCAAGCACAUGGAUCCAACAACCAUAGAUGCCGGCGGAGGAGGAGCAGGAGCAAGCGGAGCAGCCGGAGGCGAUGACGUGCCUCCAGUCCCAGCUGUUCGCCGGCCUCGUGCGCAUGAGCAGAAAUCCUCGAGAGAGCAGGUGCUGGAGGAGGAGGAGAGCCAACAGCUGGAGACAUCGACGGUGACGAGGACCUACAUGAAGACCAUCACCACCUCCCUCACCACCUCGAGUAGCUCCAAUGUGGAAGAGUUUAUCCUGGGGGAGCAUGCAGCAGGAGCAGGUGCAGCAGCUGCUCCAUCACCCAACCAGCAGAGAUUGCGUCAGAAGGUGGCGCAGUACGAGAAGGUCUGGUCGGAUGGCUCCAGUCCUGUGAAGCGUCCAGCCGAUCAGAGCUCUGACGAGCUGCGUCUGGGCGACGACCAGGAUGAGUACGAUGCCGAGAAUCCAUUCGAGAUUGACGUCCAUGAGAUUGAGCGCCGGUUGCGCCAGGAGAGGCAACGUGGCAUGGCGGAGGCGGAGGCAGCCAAGCUGGCCUUUCAGCAGGUCCAGCUGCGGCACACCACUCCGCCGCGCCGUGUGGAGGUGACCAGUGACCAGGUGGCGAGUCCCUUCAAUGUGACCCUGCGCACCACCAGUCGCAUGAGUCCCGGUGCCGAGCACGGAAAUGUGCAGGAACACCUGGCGCCGUUCAAUGUGACCCUAAGAACCACUCGCAGGACCAAGAAGAAGGAGUUCAAGGAACUGGAAAACUUCCUGGAGGGCGAACGUACCGUAAGGGAGGUUCCAUCUGCGGACGGCGUGAGGACCAUCAUCACAUCCUCGAUGACCAGCGAUGGUGGCUAUGCCGAGGAGAAGAUCUAUCGCCACGGCGAGGGCUAUGUAUCGCCCAGGGACUCGCCCUCCUGGUCACGUUCCAGUUACUCCAGCGAGCGAUCCAGUGUUACGCCGCCGAGGAGCGUGGAUCUAACCGCCGGCGGACGAAGGAUACUGAUCAAACUGGAGCAGGAAAGCGAACUAACCGAGGAUAGCCAGGCGAGGGACGAGACCGACCUGUCGUUCGGUCGGCAGGAAGUGGCCAUGGCAACCGGCAACAUUGACAUUACCGUCGGUGGUAGCAACCCCCGCCGGCGUUUGUACCAGCAAACAACUGUCCAGGUGGGUGGCGGCAACCGCACCAGCCCCCAGGAUUUAACACCCCAAAGACCAAGGGACUUAGACCUGGCCGGCGCCACGAAGACAAUGCUAACAUCCACGCCAAUUGGCACGAAGGAGCAACCGCAAACGGGUCCGAAAACUCUAGUUAGUCCAGCUGCAACGUGCCAAUUGCGCGGUUCUUCGACGGAAGAGCCCCGGAAAAUUAUAAGCCACAAAACGAUAACCAGCACAACGACCAAGUCCACCUCAUCCUCGAACUCAACCUCGAACUCCGCCACCUCCUCAUCGUCCACGUCGCGUAAAUUAAUCGAAUCAUCGCCGGUGGUCGUCGGAAAAAUCGCGCAAAUUCGCACCGGGAAAUCCAACGCCAGUGACAACGAUAUCGACAUCGAUAACGAUUCGGACACGGAGGGCAGACCCGCCAGCAGUAUAGUGAUUGUGUCCACGCCCACGCGUCCCACCACUCCGGCAACCGCAUCCGCAUCCGCAGUAACCCCAUCCGCAUCCAUAUCCGCGUCAGCUGCCCACGCCCUCAGUGGCAUCGGCACUUUCAGCAAGAGUCUGCGCCAGGAUUAUCAGACUCUGGCAACGCAAAGUGGCCGCAGCAACGAAUCACCCAGCGACCAGGAAUACCAGGAGUUCCAGUCCACCAUGGCGUCCAUCAAUUACGCCCGCAGCAAUUCCCAGUACGACAGCCAUAUCAAGGAGAAACGAGAGGAGCAAGAACGUGUGCAGAAGAAGACAUUCACUAAUUGGAUUAAUUCAUACCUAUUGAAGCGUGUUCCACCGCUUCGCAUCGAUGACUUAAUCAAUGACUUACGCGAUGGUACGAAACUAAUCGCAUUGUUGGAAGUUCUGUCCGGAGAACGUUUGCCCGUGGAGAAGGGUCGCGUUCUCAGACGUCCACAUUUCCUCAGCAAUGCCAACACGGCCCUGCAAUUUUUGGCCAGCAAACGGAUCAAGUUGGUCAAUAUCAAUCCCGCAGAUCUGGUGGAUGGGAGACCACCAGUUGUGUUGGGUUUGAUAUGGACAAUCAUCUUGUACUUCCAGCUUCGUAAAAAGAGGCGGAAAAACUUAGUAGUAGUUAUAAAUUAUGCGCCACAGAUCGAGGAGAACAGCCGCAACCUAGAGUAUUUGGGUCAUGGUAUUGGCGGUUCGGUUAGUUCCCUCGACAGUGUUGGCAACCAGAAGCACGGCGAUCUUAAGGCUGAGAAGUGGAAGCAGGGUGCCAGGAAGACCCUGCUCAACUGGGUGACCAAUGCCUUGCCAAAGGACAGUGGUGUGGAGGUGAAGGAUUUCGGCGCCAGCUGGAGAGAUGGCGUCGCUUUCCUGGCCCUCAUCGAUGCCAUCAAGGCGAACCUGGUCAACUUGGCUGAGCUGAAGAAGACCAGCAACCGUCAGCGUUUGGAGACCGCUUUCGAUGUGGCCGAAAGCAAAUUGGGCAUUGCCAAGCUCCUGGACGCUGAGGAUGUGGACGUACCCAAGCCGGACGAGAAGAGUAUCAUGACAUAUGUGGCGCAAUUUUUGCACAAGUAUCCCGAACCAAAGGGUGCUUCCCGCGACCAGUCGCAUGUGCAGCAGGAGGCGGACGAACUGCGUCGCUUCCUGGUGGAGAAGACCACUGAGUACGAGCCCAUGGUCAUGAUGAGCUCGUUCCCACGCGAUUUUGGUGAAUACUUACUGGCACGUUCUGAGGUCGAUGCACAUUUGGCGGCAUACAACCGCUUGAAACAGCUCAUUGAGAGCCAGAGCGGUUUCCUGCAGGUAUCCCGCCAAUCCUGGGAGGAGAUCAACGAGCUGUGGCAGCGCCUCCAGUACCAGAUGAUGUACUGGCUCUGGCUGCUGGAUUCGGAGCUGCCCGGCGACUUUGGCACCGUUGGCAAAUGGUUAGCCGAAGCUGAGAAAUUAUUAAUGGACAACGAUAUACCCAAUUCAAUGAAUGAGGAGACGGCCGCAGUGAUCAGCAGGAAGCUGGAGGAGCACAAGCUCUUCUUUGCCGAUUUGCCACGCAUUUUGGCCAUGUUUGACAAUGCCAAGCGGUCACCAGUGGCCCAGCAAAUACCCCUGGAGCAGUUGCGCAACAUGGAGCGUCGCCUUCAAGAGGUUGGACCCAAGGCAGCGGAGCGAAGGAUUCGUUUGAAGUUCCUGGAGCACAAGUGCUGUUUGAUUGCCUUCCUCAAUCUGGUGGAGAACAAGAUGCGCGGAUGGACUGGAAAGUAUGGGCACGAGGAGAAGGUGGCCCAGCAGCUGGAGCAGUACAAGAACUUUGUGUCGCGCAACAAGAUCUUCCAGGAGUUCCAGAAGGCCUUUGUCGAUAUGCAACAGGUGGUGGAGGAGUACAAGCGCGAUGGCAAUGUGCCGCGCAAGGAGAUCAACGACAUCGAUCGCUUCAUGUACGAAACCGAGGAGCGCUGGAAACGCGUCUCCAUGGAACUGAAGUGCUGCCAGAACUCCCUGGAGGAAGUGGUCAACUGCUGGCGCAGCUGGAACCAAUUGGCACCCACCUGCGAGGAGUGGCUGCAACUGGCUGAGCAGAAGGUCAACCAAAGCGAGGAUGAGCGCCUGGACUUCUUUCAGGAUAUACCCGUUUGGAAGGACAAGUUUGAUGCCCUCGCUAGCUCUGCUAACUAUCUGAUUGCCUCCUGCGAGGAGCCCAUUGCCCAGCAACUGCGUCAGCGACAUGGAGCUCUCUCGGAGCGAUUCGAGCGAUUGUUCGCCAACACCAAGCAGUAUAUGCAUGCUGGUGACAUUAUCCGAUCCCGACAGGAGUACAAGUCGGGCAUUGAGCAGUUGUCCAGAUGGCUGCGAGGAGCCGAAAGUGUUCUGGACCAGCGACAGGUCCUUGGCAACAGCGAACAAGUCAAGCAGUAUGGCCAGCAGCUGCAGCAAUUGGCCAGCGAAAUCGAUGACAACGAGGAGCUAUUCAAAACCAUCAGCAGGAACUUCCAAUCCCUGAUCCAAGACCUUUCACGCGAUGAAGUGGACAAGAUGAUGAAGCUACUCAAACAAGAGAAGGAAUCUCUGGUGCGCAUACGUGCCCAGUUGCCUGCCAAGCUGCAUCUGUUCCACCAGCUUCAGAUCCAACAGGAAUCCCUGGAGGCUGGACAAAAGGAGAUCCACCAGUGGCUGAGUGAGGCCGAACAGCUGCUGGGAACGCAUAACCUCUCCGGAGGCCGUGAUGCCAUCAAUGAGCAACUGCACAAGCACAAGACCUACUUCUCGCGCACUGUCUACUACCGAUCCAUGCUGGAGAGCAAGAACAAGGUGUUCCAGAACCUCCUGAAGGCUGUAUCCUCCGAUGACAAGAUCGACACCGCUCCUGCUACCCAGCAAAUGCAACAGCUGAACGAGCGCUUCAACUAUGUGAUCCAGAAUGCCCAGCAAUGGGAACAGCGCUUGGAUUCGGCAGCCGGUGGAUGGAGCAACUUCAAGGACAACGAACGUGUGGUCAGCGAAUGGCUGACCCAAGCUGAAUCCAUGUUGGUGGAGAAGCACAUCGAGUCCAAGACCACAAUCGAGACACAGAAGUACUUCUUUGAGCAGGUCAACGAUCGCUGGAUGAAUGAUCUGGUGCAGUCGGCUCAACAACUUCUGACCACAUUGCCCGCCCAGGAGCAACCUGCAGUGGUGCACAGUGUGGAGCAGUUGCAGUCCCGCUGGAAGAAUGUGCUGUCCCAGGCUCCUUUGCAUCUAUUGAAACUGGAAUUUAGACUGGAUGAGAAUGCAUUCUAUCAAUCUCUGAAGGAUGUAGAGAAGGAGUUGCAGCUGGAGCAGCAGGCCCUCAAUCGCAAUGAGGAUGUGGACUCCAUACUGCAGCGCAACCAACAGUUCCUUCUGCAACAGGAUGUCGUUCCUCGUCUGGAGCGAUGCCUCCAAAACAUGCAACGUUUGGCCCAGGCCCACAGGCAACAACAGCCCGGUGACAUUAGUCUGGAUCAGGCCUACGACAAUGCCAAGUCACAGUGGCAACUGUUGUCCAACAAAUUGGGCGAUAUGCGUCAGACUCUCCAGCAAAUCCCGGCCCAAUGGCAGGGUUAUCAUCUGAAGUUCAACGACAUGGUCGAUUGGAUGAACGGUGUGGAUCAGAGCCUUAAGAAUAUUGUGAACGAAGUUAAUACCAUGGAGGAAUUCGAAAAGGAGAAGGUCGUUUUCCAGCUGAGGGAGCUAGUGAAAAUCUGCCAAGAUGCUGACAACAAACGCGAGGACAUGAAAUGGUUGGUCAAGACCCUGGACUCUCUGCUUAGUUACGCCACCGAGGAUGAGGCCAAUCUGGAGCAGAAGAAACUGGAGGAUCUGAUCGCCCGUUACAAGAACCUAAUCCCCACUAUUGAAAUCACGAUGGUCAAAACGGAAGUGUUCUCCAAGUGCUACACUUACCGCAGAGAAGUGCACGAAGUUGUGUGCCUGCUGAGCAAGGUCAAGGAUCAGACUGCCAAUAUACCAGCUCCCGACAGCCUGGAACGUGUGAAUCGCCUGAUUGAGGAGCAGCAGUAUGCCGUCAACCAGCUGGAUCACCAGCGUCCGCAUAUCAUGUCCAUGCUGCAAAGAGGACGUGAUCUCAUCAAGGAUGUCCAUGCGCCGGCCUUUGUGAAUGCCGAGGUCAAGAAUCUGGAGACUGGAUGGAAUCAGGCGUACACAGAAACCUCUGACAAACUGCAGGCCCUCAAGGGCACCCAGGCUGUUUGGAGCGAGUUCGUGGACCAGAAGAACGAUAUUUUCUCCAUGCUCCAAACUGCGGAGACGGAGCUGCGUUCUCUGACACCAUUGCAAACCGAUCCCAAGAACGUCAGUCAAGAUCUAAAGUCCAAGAGAGAUCUUAACGUACAACUGCAGCAGGCUUCCCAUCAACUGCUGCCCAAGUUGCAUGCUCUCAAAUCGGAACUGGCGCCUCUGGCCGCUGCCGAUAAGCGUCCCAUCCUAGAGAAGGAAGUGACCGAGGUGGAGAAGAUGUUCUUCAACACCAUGGAGCAUGUGAAGGAUCGUGUCGGUUAUCUGGAAGACUACAGUGCCAAAUGGAACAACUACAAAACCCGUCUCGCUGAACUGCAGGAAUGGGCCAACAAAGUCGCCCCCAAGAACAUUGAGGCCCUUCAAUCGGAGGACCUCACACCGGAGGAGCGUGUGGUCAAGGUGCAGGCCUUCAAGCGUAUCCUUGGGGAUCGCAUGAAGCAACUGGAUCUUCUGGCCGCCGAUGCCUCCGAGUUGGCGCCCAAGGAGGGCAACAUUGCCGAGGCCAAGCGACUGAAGGGCGAGAUCACCAAGCUGCAGGAGGUCCUCAGCGCCAUCAAUCGCAAUGUGGACCACCAGGCACAGGCCGUGCAGGAGGAUCUUGUCAACUGGCAGCAGUUCCAGGCCGGUCUGCAGCAAAUCAAGCCAGCCGUGGAGCAAAGCGAAGUCAAGGUAAAUAAUGUAGUUUCUAAGCCCAUCUCCCUCGAAGAAGCCGUUGCCAUGCAACAGAAUGCCCAACAAUUCGAGACACAGUGCCAGGAGCAAUUGGACAAGCUCCAUGGCAUAUCAAACAUCAGUCAUAAAAUGUUAUGUAAGACCAAUGCCCCCGACGAAUUGGACGCCAUGCACUCCCGUUGGACUGCCGUCCAUGAGAACGCGAAGCAGGCGAGCGCCAAGCUCGAGAAAUUGGUGGCCAAUUGGAAGUCGUUCGACGCCGAUGCCGCCAAGCUCGAGGAUUGGGUUGGACAGGGUGAGCAGCUAAUGUCCCGCCGUCCAGCUGUCCUCAACACCCCGCACAUUGACAAGCUCGAAAAGGAGCUGGUCAAGCUGAAGUCGUUCAACAACGAGAUCUCGCAGCAACAGGCCAAGCUGGUGACUCUGGGUCAAAAUGCCGAUCAAAUCAGUUUGCACUUGGCUCCUGAAGGAGCAGCCGCUUUGAAGGAUCGUGUGUACCAAAUGAAGGGCAAGCUGCAGAAGCUCUCGGAAGCCACUCGUGGUCACAUCAACGAAGUGUCUGACGCCAUUAUCUCCAGGCAGGACUUCAAUGCCAAGUUGGUGAACUUUUCCAACUGGAUGGAGCAGCUUCGCAACCAGGUCACUCAGGUGGAGGAGAUCAACCCGGAGCGGGUGGAAACCAGUCUCCAUGUCAUCCAUGCGCUGCUGCAGGAGCAUGCCGAUAAGAAGCCAAGUUUCAAUGCCAUAUAUGAUGAGGUCAAGCAAUUGGCCUUGGGAGCUACUCCCGAGGAGUCGAAUGCAUUGAAUGAUGCCUACACCGCUUUGGUGGUGAACUAUCAGAACCUCGAGACCAACAUGCUGCAAAAGAAGGCGGCUCUGGAGAAGUGGACCGAGCUGCUGGGCUGGAAGAAUGACACUGAAUCGCAUUUGAACUACCUCAAGCAUCAGCUGGACAAACCGGAAGGACCUGCUGCCGAGGAGCUGUCCAAGGUCAUUGAUGAGAUCGAUAAUCUGGGUCAGGGUAUUGGGUACUGGAAGGGUCAGGCUAAGGAGAUCGACGAAAACCCGGCCAUCCAGUUGAGGGAUGCUCUGUCUCGUCGUCCACUGAUCGCCACCCAAAUUGUGAACGAUGUUGAGAAUAAACUAGAGAAUCUAAAACUUCGCUCGCAGAACCAACAACAGCAAAUCCAACAGAUGACCGUGCGCAAGGACAAGUUCCAUGCCCUGGAGCACAACUUUGGUCAGGCACUGCAAGAAAAUCGCGCUAAACUGGAUGAGAUACUCAGACAACAUCCGACUUUAAAUAACAUCGAUCAAAUCAUCGCCGAUUUGGUCGCUCUGAAUGAUGCCCUGAAAUACCAAGCCGAUCUGAAGAAUCGCAUUCAUGAUGAGGGUUCUUUGCUGAUGCGUGAGGAUAUUGCUAGCAUGCCCGCCAUUCAGGAGAGCCUUCUUAUCAUGGAUAAGAACUACGAUUCUCUGCAGAAUGAAAUAGCUGAUCGCAUUCAGAAGUACAACCUAAUUAGUCAGGCCUUGAGAGAAUAUGCCGAUUCCAAGGACAAGUUUACCAAGGAGCUUCAGAAGGCAGAAGAUCUAUUCAAUGCUAUACCUCAACAGCCCCGUGAUGAAACCGAGCUCCAUCAAGCUUCCGAAAAGACCAGGAAGACAAUGGAGCAGUUGCGUAAGUCGAAGCUCAGCUUGGAUGAACUGGAGCGUCGGGGCAACAAUGUGGGCAAACUUUUCAGUGCCAUUGGAGAACCCAUUCCACAGGAAGUGCCACAGGAGGUCACAGCUGCCAAACAACAUUGGCAGGAUCUGCACGAUAAAACUGCCAAGAAUGCCCAUGUGUACGAGACGGAAGCCGUGAUUUGGUCACAGAUCGAAGAUGCCAAGAAGGAUCUGCUUCCCUGGUUGUCCGAAACGAAUCAGGGACUCUGCGAUGCUGCGGAUAACUCAAUCGAAAUUGAGUUUGGACCCAUGCGUCUGAGCAAGUAUCGCACAGAGUUACCUUCCUAUCAGGCACUUAAGGAUUCGAUUGUGGAGAAAACCAAUGAUUUGGUAAAGAUCAACAAAGGUGCAGAGAUUCCCGCUCUAUCUGCGCUCAAUAAACUCCUGUCUGAGCAGUUUGCUGAGGUCAGCAAUAAUGCCGAUCGUCUAAGUGCCAUAACCACCUCGUUUAAUGACCAGGAACAAGAGUUACGUAGGCGUUCGAAGGAAGCUGGCGAAAAGGUGAGCAAACUUCGUGAGCAGCUGAUCAAGUGUGAUGACAUGUCCGGUGAUAAUAACAAGAUCAUGGAGCGUCUUCUGCAAUGCCGUGCCCUGCGUGGUGAACUCGAUAAUAGUGGAAACGAAAUCGACAACAUUAAGCAAAAGGUUGACGAGCUGCGUAAUCUGUACCCCACUUUCAGUGAGUCCAUCAUACCCAAAGAACUGAACAAUGUACAAAAACGCUAUGAGAACGUCGAUCUUUAUGCUAAGAAGAUUGAAAGUUCCCUGCUGCAGUUCCUCAAGAAGUUCCACGCCGAUAAGGUGGGCAUGCUUAAGCGCAUCAUUGCCACUCAACGCGAAAAGGUGGCAUGGUGCCAGCCAGAGUCCUCCAGUGACAAAUACAAUCUGGAUGUCAAGAAGUCCUCUCUGCAGGAAGUCAGCAAGAGCAUUGAUGACUGCAAGGCACGCCAUGCCGAGACACUCAAGUCCUUGGAGAUGUUGAAGGCUGUAGAGUCGCCACAGAACCUGGCUGAACUCACCAGCGAUGCCGAGUUAUUGCGCAAGGAUAUGCAAGCUCUACAGGACAGCUUUGACAAAAUCAAGGGAAUCCUUGACGAGAACGUUGACUUAUGGUCGCAGUAUGAGCAAUCGAAUGAGCAAAUUUCCAACUGGUUGCGUGACGUUGAAGGACGCGUCAAGGCAGAAACUAGCAGCCAAGUCAAUCUAUCCGAGGUUCCUCAAAAGCUUCAGGAAUUGUCUUUACUCCAGCAGGAUGUGCUGGCCCAUGAGCCUAUUAUUAAUAACCUUGAGCAGACAUCCCAACAGCUAAUUGAAAAGAAUCCGGAGGCGAGAAUCGGCCAGUUUGUUACCCACUUGGUGCAGCGCUAUCAAGCUGUAUCCAAGGCACUAACCAGCUACAUCGAUAAGAUUCGUAGUGCACAGUUGUCGAACGCCAACUUUGCCAAGGCCGCCAAGGACUUUAACGAGUGGUUUGGAGAUGCCAAGAUCGAGUUCCAGGAACUUGCUCGCAUGGGAUCCCCCGGAUCAUCCUCUGCCACAGCUCAGCAACUGCAGACCGUCAAGAAUUACAUCAAGACCUUCGACAAUGGUCAGAUACUGCUGAACAAUGCCGUAGAUAUUGGUGAGGCUUUGUACCCAGUGGUUUCGCCCGACAAUCGCGAACGUAUCCGAGCUGAUCUCCGCCAGAUGCGUGAGAAGUUCGACUACUUGCGAGAUGAGGCCAAUGCUUUCAUGCAGCAAGUUGAGGGCGUUCUGAUUCAGAAGACUUCGAUUGAAGAAAGCUACACUCAGGUUUCGCACUACCUUAACGAAUCGAAGGCUAAGGUUCCCACCGGUGACGAACUGUAUCCCACUUUGGCCACCAAGAAGGCUGCCCUCCAGAACUACAAGACUCAGCUGCAGGAGAUCACCCUGCACAAGAAUGCUCUGAAGCAGUUGCACGACAAGGCUGUGACCCUCUGCGAUGAUGAGUCCGAGAGGAAGACCGAUGAGUCCAUCCAGGAGUAUAACACGCUGUCCAAGAAGAUUUCCGAUAGGAUUACAACAGUGGGAAAUCAUGUGGUCAAGCAUGAAGCCUACGAUCAGGUGCUGGAAAAGGCGCAAGACUGGCUGAAUACCAUCAAGUCCGAAGCCAUUGAUAUCCUCAACGAGACGACAUUUGAAAAGGAAGGCGCCGAGGAAAAACUGCUGGUUGUGGAAAACCUUCUGCAACACAAGCCCGAGGGUGAUUCCAUUUUCGAUACCUGUCAGACGUUAUUGGAAACGGUGCUCACACAAACCCAUCCCAGUGGCCAUCCCGCCCUGCUCAAGGGUUUCGAGGAGCCAAAGCAGUCUUGGGAGGACUUUAUGACUCUUUGUCAGGACUCGUUGGUAAAACUGAAGCAGCUUUGCUCUAAAUGGGAUGAGUUUGACACGAUCAUCGAGGAGCUAGACAACUGGAUGAAGAAUGUCGAGGCGGUGGUUAAGAACCAGAACCUUAAGAGUACGGCGGAAGCCAAGAACGCCCACUUAAAGCAGCUUCAGGAUAUUUCAAAGGAUAUUGAACGGCGCGGUGUGGCCAUCAAUGAGCUAAUGGAUCAAGGCCGUGAGAUUGAGGGUGAAACCGAUUUGAACCUUAAAUUGUCUCGCCUGAAUACUCGCUACCAGACCCUGAAGAAUCUGUGCAAGGAAUCGAUAGCCAAGUAUGUGAACUAUGUAAAGGAUCACGAAAGUUUCGAUAAGGACUUCGAUGCAUUCAAGCAAAGUCUUCAGUCCUCGGUCGACGAGCUCGCCAAGACCAAUGAAAUUGUUGGCGAUCAAAGCGUGCUGCAGGAUCAGCAAAAUAAACUCCGUGAGAUGUCCGACAAGCGCAUUUCGGAUUCCACUCUUUUCGAAGGACUCAUCGAUCGUGGCGAGAAACUCUACGGUCACACCAGCCCUGAAGGCCGUGAAAUCAUUCGUCAGCAAUUGCGUGCCCUGCGAACCCUUUGGGACAACUAUACUGAUGACCUGAACUCGGCGACGCAGAAGAUCGAUCAGUGUUUGCUGCAGUUUAACGAGUUCAGCAUUGCCCAGGAUCAACUAACCAAGUGGCUGAAGGAUGUGGACAAGGCCAUGCAGAGCCACACUGAACCCAAGACGACGCUGCAGGAGAAGCGUGCCCAACUUCAGAACCACAAGCUGCUGCAUCAGGAGAUCACCACACACAAUGUUCUGGUUGACAAUGUCUGCGACAAGGCCCAAAUACUGGUCGACCAGAUUAAGGAUAACUCGUUGAAUGUGUACUUGACCUCGAUCAAACAGCUUUUCCAGAGUAUUGUCCAAAAGUCCGAUGAGAUCUUGCACAAUCUGGAGGAUUGUGUUCAGAAGCAUAAUGAAUUAAACAAUGCUCUUGCCUCAGCUAAAACCUGGAUCUCGAAUGAGAAGGCUAAAUUGCUGGAGUGCGACGAUGCUUAUGGCGAGAAGGCGGACAUCAAGCGCAAGAUCGAAACUUUGGGACAAUUGGCUCAGAACAAGCCACAGGCAAUGAAAAUAAUCAGCGAUAUCCGUGAUCUCUUUGAGAAGGUGAAGGCAACGACCUCCGAAAAGGGUAAUGAAGUGCUGGAGAAGGAGAUCGAGGAAUUGGAGACCACCAUGAAGAGUCACUUUGAUGACAUCGAGGGCAUUGAAGGCAAACAGAAGGAUGUACUGGCCCAGUGGGACAAGUUUGAAAAGGCGCUGGAAGAACUUACCAAGUGGUGCCGUAGUGCAGAGGCCGUGUUCCGCGAACAGCAACUGCAGUCCACGCUCCAUGAGAAAGUGGAGCAGCUGGAGAAGUACAAGAUUCAAAGGGAGUUGAUUCUCCAGAAAGAGAAGGAGAUCGAUGCCUUUGGCGAUGCUGCCCAUGCUCUGCUUAACAACUGCGGAGCCGAUCGUCUAAAGACAUUAACCACUCAGAUCACCAACCGGUAUCAACUGCUUCAAGUUCUCAGCAAGGAGGUUGUUAACCGCUGGUCGAAUCUGGUCGACGAUCACCAGUUCUACCAGGAUAAGUUCAACGAGGUGGAUUUGUGGCUGCAACCCAUUGAAUCGCAGAUGGCGAAGGUCCUUCUGGAUGAGCCAACCCAGAGUUCAAACAUUUUGCAAGUGCUGCUGUCUGAAAAGGAGCAAGCAGAGAGCUUAUUUGCUGCUCUGAAUGCAGCUGGAGAAAAGGCUCUUCCAGAGACAUCCACUCAGGGUAGGGAGAAGAUCCGCAAGGACCUGCGCGAUAUCCGCGAUCGUUGGGACAAACUGGACGAGGGAAUUCGCAACCUAGAAAAACGCCAGGAAGCGCAGGGAGUACAGCUCUCCAGCUACCAGGAUAUUCUCAAUCAAACUGUUAACUGGUUGGAUCAAGUGGAGAAACUACUUCACAAUGAAAACCCUGCUAGCUGGACCAGUGCCCAAGAAAUCCGCUCUAAGUUGUACAAGUACAAGGCCACCAACCAAGAUAUCAACUCUCAUAAACGCAUAGUCGAGGCUGUGAAUGAAAAGGCAGCAGCUCUUUUGGGAAGUGCCGCUCCAGCCAACGCAGAUGAGAUUUCCAAGGCGGUGGCUGAGGUGAACAGGCGGUAUGAACAAGUGGGUCAGGACUGUGCCAAGUUAGUUGCCGAUCUGGAUGGAGCCUUCGAUGUGUACCAGCAGUUCAGUGAGCUGCAGAAGGCUCAACAGGACUACCAGAAGAAUCUUUGGGAUCGUCUUACCGGCUACUCUGACUACUCAGGCAAUAAGGCAGCUCUACAAGCACGUCUCCAAAAGAUCAACGAGAUCCAAGAUGCUUUGCCCGAGGGAGUGGCCAAACUCAAGUCCCUAGAGGAACACAUUGAGCAACAGGCCAGUAAUAUACCCGCUCGAUCCAAGGAGGCUAUGGCCCGUGAUCUGGCCAACUUGCAUGCUGAUUUCGAGAAGUUUGGAGCUUCGCUGAGCGACGUAAAGAGCGGGUUGGAGAAUCGUCUGCAACAAUGGAAUGAUUACGAAAUCAACUUGGACCGACUAAUCACUUGGUUGGGUGAGGCCGAAAACGCCCUCAAGAACUACAAUCUGAAAUCUUCGUUCGAGGAGAAGGAGGAGCAACUGAACGGUUUCCAAUCUUUGGCUCAGAAUUUGCGUCAAAACGAAGCUGACUUCGACAAGGUGAAGGACGACACCUCUGAGUUGGUGCAGAGUUCUGGUGAAACAAGGAUUGCUGUUAAUGUGCAACAGGUCUCCUCCCGCUUCCAAUCGAUACAGGCUACCGCUAAGGAGAUUCUCAAGAAGUGCGAGCAGGCUGUUCAGGACCAUGGUCACUUCAAUGACAAGUAUAAGCAGUGUGCCGACUGGUUGGCUAAUGCUCAGGCUCGUUACGAUGAUUGCUGUGACUUGUCCACGGUGGCAUCUCGAGACGAUCUUCUCAAGAAGCAAAUGGUCAUCCAGGAGCUUCUGGCUCAACAGCCCACAGCUACCCAGCUUCUAAAUAGCACCGUUGAGCAGGGCGAGAAGUGCUAUGGGUCCACAGCAACCGAAGGACGCGAGGCCAUUCGUAGUCAGCUGGAUGAUCUGACAUUCGAUCAGUUGUUUGACAACAUCGCUAUCACGGCAAGAAAGAUCCAGGAUAAGAUCGCCAAGUGGUCUGGCUUCGAUGAGAUUGCUGACAGCCUGAAGAGUUGGUUGGAUGAAACGGAGAAUGCUCUUCCAGCUGAUAUUGAGCUGAAAACCACUCUGGAUGAGAAACGCAAUAAGCUGCAAACCUAUCGUGACAUCUUGAACGACAUCAACAAUCACCAGGUGGAGUUGGGUAAUCUUCAGGAGAUUGCCGCCAAUCUGCCAGAGAAAACAGACCUUGUGGACGAAAUUCUUAAGGACAUCUCUGAUCGUUUUGGAAAGCUGCAAAAACGCGCCCAAAACUACGUGGAGCGUUACGAGGGAAUUGUGAGUGCACAUCAGCAGUACUCCAAGGCUGUUAUGGAUGCUCAAGAGUUUAUCGAUGCUACCCUGAAUACGGUCCACUAUUGGGGUGAUCUGGACCUAGAACAGAUCUCACUGCACACGAACCUCGAUCGUCUAAAGAAUCUGAAGGCCAGCUUGGCCGAUGAAUUCCCACGAGUUGAUCAAGUCAGGGCUUUGGGCGAGAAGGUUAUUCCGGGUACGGUGGAUGUGGGACAGGUGAACAUAAAGUCCCAGAUCGACACCACCCAGCAAGAAUGGGAAAGUCUACUGACCACUAUCAGCUCCACUAUCGAAGCCAUUGAAGCUCGUCUACAGCAUUGGUCGGAAUACGAACAGUUACGUGACCAGUGCUUGGCUUGGAUUCGUGAUACGGAUAACAACCUUCAUGCCAUCGAUCUGAAGGAGGAUUUGCCGAAAAAGCGUGCUCAGUUGGAUGCACUGAAGGCUCUUCAAGGAGAUGUACGCGCCAAGGAAUUAGAGGUUGAUAAUGUCACGGAGAAGGCCCAAACCCUUCUGAAGGGUCCAUCCAGCAAUCGAGCCUCGGGUCCUGAGUUGGUUACCAAGUACCAGCAGAUCUUCCACAAGGUUAAGGAGCUGAACAACCGUUGGCAACAGUAUGUUACUUCUCACGAAGAUUUUGAUAAUGCCAUCUCUGAUUGCUCCUCUUGGAUCAACGACAUCAAAGAAAAAUUGGACUACUGUUCCGACAUGUCAUCUAUGAGUCCUAAAGAAUUGGAUAAGAAACUGGCCACUAUCCAGGAUGUUAUCCUGCUGAAGGACGAAGGUUCUGCGCGUGUCUUGAAGAUCUUAGAGCAGGCCCAACACGUGUUGGCUAACACAGCGCCCGGAGGUCACGAGGCCAUCAAUAAGGAACUCACCGAUCUUCAGGAGCUCUGGUCCGGAAUCGCUCUGCGCAUCAUGGAUGUGAAGUCAAAUCUAGAUGACUCGAUUACACAAUGGUCUGGUUUCUUGGAUCAAGUGCAAAAUGUUCGCAAGUUUAAUGAGUGGUUGGAUGGUCAGGUUAAGGAGUUGAGUGAGCAUCAAACAACCAUGACAGAAAAGCGAGCUCAAUUAGAUCGAGUUAAGUCUACGGAGGAGAAGGUUCGCGUAGAAAAGAUUGAUGUGGAUGCACUCAAAAUCCAAGCCAAGGAAAUGAUUGCCAGUGGUCAACAGAGUCAGGCAGCCUUCCAGGCCCAAAAAGUUCUGGAUACGUUUGACGAGCUCUUUGCCAAGACCCAGAAAUUGCUGUCCGAUCGUCAAGAUCAGUACAGGGAUCAUCGAUUGUUCAAGGAGGCCUACGAUGAUCUGGUUAGCUGGAUUGGACGAGCUCGGGAGAAAUUCCCUUCGUUGAAACAGAGCAGCUUAAGCGAUAAACUAGCCAUUGAAAACGCUGUCCAAGCUACCGAAGCUCUUCUCAACAAACAGGCGCAGGGAGAACUCCUCGUUGAGCACUUGGUCCACACUGGAGAGGUGGUGCUGGCCAGUACUUCAGCUCAGGGGCAGGAAAUCAUUAGGAAUGAUAUCCGUGCCUUGCGCGACAGCUUCGAGGGCUUGUUCCGUGAAAUUAACCAGCAGAAGGAAAACCUUGAGGUGACCAUGGUUCAAUGGCGAGCUUAUAAGGAGGAAUAUGAACGUCUGAUGGAAUGGCUCCAACAGAUCGACAUCCUUGUGAAGAACCACAAACUGAACCUGUGCCCCAACCUACCUGACAAGGAGAAGCAAGUGGCUGAUAUGAAGGAUGUAAUGUCUCGUCUCGAGAAAGGCAAAGAUGACAUCGAUAAGUUCAAAGCGUCGGCUGCCAGUCUGCUUAAAUCCCAUUUGGAUACUUAUGUGAACAAUCAGCUGAGGCACUUGAGCUCCGUGUAUCAAGUACAGGUAAAUCUAGCCAAGGAUGUUCUCAAGAAGGUGGAAACCAACCGCGAUCAGCAUCGUGAAUACGAUGCCAAUAUGAAAUCUGCCAAGGAUUGGAUAGCAAAUGCCAAGGCUACAAUUCAGUCGGCGGGUGAAGGAGCAGGCUCCAAGGAGGCUCUACAGCGUCGUCUCGAGCAAAUUCAGGAUCUGAUUCGCAACCGUGAGCUUGGCCAGAAUUUGGUCCAUACCGCGAUCAAUAAUGGCGAAAAGAUAAUUAGGAACACGCGUUCCGACGGACGUGACGCCAUUAAUUCCGAGAUGAAGGAACUGCAAACCGAAUGGGAUCGCCUGGUGAAGAAAAUGUCCACAGCCAAGGUGCAGUUGGAGACAAAUCUGUUGCAAUGGGCGGACUACAGUUCCAGCUACUCCCAGCUGCAGCAAUGGAUUACUGACAGGGAGGCCAAGUUGCAGCAGGCUUGUGAACAGAAGAUCGUAAAAUCCAAGAGGGGUCAACCUGGUCUCAGUAGUGGAUUGAGCGAACGCAAGGCCAAUCUUCGUCAGACGAACAACAUUGUCCAGGAUAUUGUGUCAUUUGAGCCCAUGAUUCAGUCGGUUACUUCCAAGGCUUCGGUUCUUCAGCAGGGUGCUCCGGGCACUGAAAUCUCGGAUAAGUACGAGAAUCUCACUAAGCAAGCUAAGGACUUGUACGAGAAACAGAAGAACACCAUCGAGAGCUAUCAGUCCUUGAUCGACGCGGGCAAUGAGUUCGCCACGUGGUUGAGAAAUGCCAAGGAACGAUUGAGCAAGUGCUCGGAGCCCACGGGCGAUAAACAAGCCCUGGCCGAGAAGACCCACCAGCUGAAGAUCUUGCAGGGUGAGCUUCCCGAAGGCGCCCAGAAACUUAAGAAUGCUUUGGAACAGGGCGAGAUCGCUUGUCGCAGUGCCGAGCCCGAGGAUUGUGAGAUCAUCGAGCAGGAAGUGGCUCUUCUUCAAGAGGAAUUCGAUGCCUACAGGGAGGCCCUCAAUAAGGCCAAGGAUUACCUGGAAGUGGGUAUUGUCAAGUGGUCCGACUACCAGGAUCAGUACACCGAAGCUCUGGAGUGGUUAAGUAAGACCGAAGCUUUGGUGCAAUCCUACAACAAACUGCAGGAUAGCUUGAUCCAAAAGAAGGUUGUCCUCGAGCAAUUCCAAGGACAUCUGCAAACCCUAUUCGACUGGCAGAAGACUCUGGAUGACCUGAACAUGAAAGCACAGGUUCUACUGGAGACUUGCUCCGAUACAAGAAUCAGCAAUGCUAUCAUGCAACUGACCACCAAAUACAAUGCGCUACUGACUCUGGCCAAGGAGGUGAUGCGUCGACUGGAGAUGCACUACCAGGAGCAUCAGCAGCACCACAGCCUGUACGAGGAGUGCCAAUCAUGGAUUGAGAAGACCCGCGAGAAACUAUCCGAAUGCGAACAAAUACCCGGAACUCUAAACGAGGUUCAAAUCAAAUUGAACACCGUGAAGAACCUUCGUCAAGGUUUUGAAACCGGCCAGAAUAAACUGCGUUAUCUUUUGGAGCUCAAGGAGAAGGUGAUAAUGAACACAGAACAGAAUGGAGCAGCCAAGAUCCAGGAAGAUACCGAAGCCUUAAAGCAGGACUUUGACAAACUCCUAGUGGAUCUAAACGAUGUUCGCCAGAAAUUGGCCAAUCGUCUUGCCCAGCUGGAGGAGAUCUUCAAGCUGUACAAAAUCCUAGUUGAAUGGCUAGAGGAUGUCGAGCCGAGUGUCAAGACCAGUAAUGAGUUCCUGAAUGACUUGAGUGAGAAACGAGCGGCGCUGGAGAAGUUCCGUGUCAUUCAGCGAGAUAUCAAUGGCCACAAUGAUAUUGUGGAAAAGAUCAAUCAGCGACUGAAGGAGGACAACAGCUUGGAUCUGAAGGACUUCCAGCCCGGCUUGACCAAAUUCGAUGACCUGCAGACUCAGGUGAACAAGAUCAUUGAGUCGCUGGAGAACCAGGUAAACAGCCACGAGAAAUACAAGCAGGCCUACAAUGAGCUGCAAGACUGGCUGCGACGCACUCGCAUUGAGGUGGAGCAGUGUGCCGACUGCCAUGGCGAGAAGGAGCAAGUGGAGAGUCGUCUGAAUCGAUUGGGAGAUAUACAAUCGUCAUCUCUGGAGGGCAAAGCCCUGCUUGAAGCUUGCGAAGAGCUGAGUCAGGCGGUGAUUGCCACCAGCGGCAGCGAAGGCCAGGACAAUGUGGCCCAGGAGAUCAAACAUCUCACCUCAGAGUGGGAGACCCUCCAAUCGCUAUCCCGCGAUGCUCGCAGCAGCCUGGAAUCCUGCUUGGCCGCCUGGCAGACCUUCCUGCAGAAGUUCAACAAGAUCAACCUGUGGAUCGAAACGAUGAACAAGCGCGUUACCAAAUCCCAGGAGGGUGAGAACAAGACUCCCGAAGAUUUGGUUAAUGCCAAGAAACUGCUUGAGGAAGUGCUGGCCGAGAAGGAUAAUGUUGAGGAUCUGAACGACAACUGUGAGCUUCUCAUGGAGCAGAGUGCCUGCACUCGCAUUCGUGACCAGACCAUCGAGACUCAGGCCAACUACACCAAGCUCUUGACUUCCGCCCAGGGAUUGGUUGCCAAGAUCGAGAAGAAUCUGUCCGAUCACACCGAGUUCCUGAACUAUAAGAAGGAAAUGGACGCCUGGAUCGAAAAAGCUCAAACUGUUCUUGACGAUUGCUCCACUGAUGGUGACGCAGCCAUCAUUGCCCAAAAACUUGACACGGUCAAUUCAUUGGCUUCUCGCCUGCCCGAGGGUCAGCAUCUGUUGGCUCUGGUGCAGGAUGCCUACUCGAAGGCUUCGAACAUCACUCCUGAGGAUAAGCAAGAGAAGCUGCGGGAGCUGAUGACCAAGGUUCGUGAGGAUUGGGAUGCCCUGGGACUGGCCGUGAAGCAGAAGUUGAGUGACCUCAAGCAGGCGCAGAAUCGUUGGAACGAUUUUGCUGCCAACAAGGAUAAACUUGAGAAGUGGCUCAAUGAAACCGAAACGACUCUUAAGGUGGCCCCGGAAACCAAGGGCGAACUGAGCGAAAUGAAGACCCUGCUGGAGCGUUACAAGACCCUUUCGAAUGAACUGAAACAGAAGGGUAACGAGCUGGAGCAACUGCAGUCGGAGGCUCGCGACCUGGGCACCGAAGUGGAUGCAGUGAAUCGCUUGCAGUCCCGAUGCGACAAGCUCAAGAACGAUUGCUCCGCUCACAUUGCGGCGCUGGAACAGGAGAUGUUUGAUUAUAAUGCCUACCACCAGAGUCUGCAGGAUGUGGAGAAGUGGCUCCUGCAGAUUUCCUUCCAGUUAAUGGCCCACAAUUCGCUGUUCAUCUCGAAUCGUGAACAGACCCAGGAGCAGAUCAAGCAGCACGAAGCACUGUUGGUUGAAAUUCAAAAGUACCAGACCAAUUUGGAUGAUUUGAAUGCGAAGGGUCAGGCGCAGAUUAAGCGUUAUGAGUCCUCAACCCCAGCCAUUCGUCCUACGGUUGAGUCACAGCUGAAGAAUAUCCAGGAUAGCUACAACUCCCUGCUGCAAACAUCAGUGCAGAUCAAGAACCGCCUGUUGGAGUCGCUGGCCAAGUUCCAGGAAUACGAGGACACUUUGGAUAGCAUUAUGCGUAAUCUGGAGACAUAUGAGCCUAUUAUUCAGACGGAACUUGAUGCUCCGGCCACCAGUUUGGAGUUGGCUCAAAACCAAUUGAGGUGUGCCCAGGAGAUGCAGAACAAGCUGAACAACGAGAAGUCCCGACUGGCAGCUGCCGUUCAGGCUUGUGAGGCAGCCACUGCCUCCAUCAGUCGUCCCAGUUCUCCACUGGAAACAGCCAUGCAGGCUAUUCCCGAAAGGGAGCUCAUUGUGCGCGCUAAGCUCGAGGAUCUGCUGGAUCAGAAACCGCCUCCAAAGACUCGGAGCUCAACCAAAGGUGUCAACAGAGAUGAUGAUGAAGACGAGGAUGAUGUUGAGAUUCAGGUUGAGCUCAGCGAUGUAAAUGAGGCGCUUUUGGAUCCCAUUGCCCACGAGCGUGUCAGGAACUAUCGUCGCAUAGUUCGCUUGAAUAGCGCUCAUGUGGGCAAGCUAAAUGAAUUAGUUGCUAAGGUGCAAUCCCACUUGGGUGGUCUGACUGCAUCCGUUAGCGAACUGGAGCAACAGCAGAAGCAGCGCGCCGAGCUGCAGGAUUGGGUGAAGAAGCAGCAGAGCUCCAUCUCAGAUUGGAUGAUGCGUCCUUGCAAGUUGCGUCCGGAGGCCGCUCAACAGGAGCUGGUGUCCAUGAACGAUUUGUUGAACUCCAUCGGUGACAAGCGGUCGCAGUUGAUGCUGGAAAUGACAGGAUCAUUGGGCGACGAGGAUACCGAUCUGGAUGAUAACAUCGACAAGCUGGAAUCGGAGCUCAUGGAUGCCAUUGCCAAGAAGCAGGCUGGUCAGAAUGUAAUCGAUGGCUAUCGCCAGGGAAUGGCGGAUGUCCAGAACUGGUUCGAUACCCUGAUCAAGCGCAUGGAUGUUUUGGAUCGCGGUUCUGGUUUGAAUUGUGCCCAGAAAAUGGCGGCCAUUAAUGAGAUCAAAAACGAAUAUGAGCUGCAAGGACAUCCCAAGAUUCAGGAGCUGAAGGGCAAGGCAGCACAGGUGGCGGAGGUCAUCAGCAAUCUCGAUGGUCAGCAAGUGGAAGAGCAAAUGAAGUCACUGGAUCGCCGCUUUGCUGAUCUCGGCAAGCGCAUCGAUCGCAAGGCUCAACUCCUGGAUGUGACCAACAAGGGUGUGGAGGGAGCCAAGGGCGAGAUUGAUCAACUCCAGAAUUGGGUGAAACAACAGAUUGAGGAGCUGCAGGCCCCCACUCCAUUGGGUUACACUCCCAAGGAUGCCGAGGCACGCCAACAGAAGAUCAAGAGUCUGAUGAAGGAUGCCGAGGCCAAGCAAUCUCUGGCCGAUGUCCUGGAGAAGCGUGUGGCCAACAUGCAACAGGAAUUGGAACCCGUUGAGUACUCCCAAUUGGAGUCCGCAUUGCGUAAUCUCAAUACUGAGAACCGCAAUUUAUCGGGAGUCCUUAAGGCUGAACUGGAUCGUGCUCUGGAGGCCAGCAAGGCUCGUAAAACGCUGGAGAACGACCUGGACAAGGCACGCCAGUGGCUGAAGACCAAGAUCUCUGAAGUGCGCAAGCUGCCCGUGUACCACCCACUUACCUCUGCUGAGAUCGAGAAAAAGAUCCAGGAGAACCGGAAAUACGAUGACGAUGCCAAGCAGUUCAACGACAGCGUUUUGACUGAUGUUCAGCGUCAAGCGGCCAACAUAAUGAAGGAUUGCGAUGACGCGGACAAGGCUGCUCUGCAGCAGAUCCUGGAUGAAAUUGCUGCCGACUAUCAGACCCUCAAGGAUGAGAGCAGCAAGAGAGGCAAGUCUCUGGAUGAUCUUCUGCAAGGCCGCAAAGCCUUUGAGGAUUCCAUGAAGAACAUGGGCGAUUGGUUGAACGAAAUGGAAACCGCCACCGAGGGUGAGCUGCGUACCACUAGUCUCCCCGUUUUGGAGGAGCAACUGGCCCAUUACAAGAAGCUCCUCAGUGAUGCCGAGAAUAAGGGCGGCCUCAUCAACGAUGUUUCGGAGCAAGGAAAGAGCAUCCUGCCCACACUGAGCAAUGCCGAUAAGUUGAAACUCAACGACGAUAUCAAGAACAUGAAGGAUCGUUAUGGCAGAAUCAAGAAUACCAUCGAUGACCGUGUGAACGCCCUGGGUGAUCACAUCAAGAAGUACAAGGAUGCCAAGAGCAGGUUGGCCGAGUGCAGUCAGUUCUUGGGCAACAUUCAGCAGAAACUCAGGGAGCUGAACCGCCCGAUUGGAUCCAGGAUCGAAGAUGUCCAGGACUUGUUGGGUGCCUAUGAGGGAAUUCUCAAGGAACUCAAGGACAGCAAGAGCAAGAUGGGCGAUAUGCAGAUAGAUGAUUUGCCAGAGUUGCAGAGCAUUUUGGCCCAGCAAGAUGAUAUGAUUAAACUGAUUGAAGAUCAGUUGGCCCAUCUUCGCCAACUUCUGCUGCUCCGCGAGCAGUUUAUUGCUUUGAUUAAUGAGAUUAUUGCCUUUAUUAUGAAGUACACCGAUGUCAUCAUUGAUAUUGAGAACUCACCUGAUAGCCUGGAGGAUAAGAUCAACAAGUACGAUGAUGUGAUUGUGAAGAUUCAGGAGUGCGAGGGUGUCUUGGCUUCGGCCAAUGACAAGGGCCAGAAGAUUGCCUCCGAAGGUAAUGCUGCCGAUAAAAAUAGCAUUACUGAGCAGUUGCAGUCCCUGAAGAAUCAGCUGCAGAAUCUCCGCAAGGCGGUGGAAUCGCAGCGUCAAAAGCAUCAACUCCAGUUGGAGUCCCACAAGAAGAUGGCCGCCGAACUGAGCGAUAUCCUCGACUGGUUGCACAGCCACGAGGGAGCGGCCAAGUCGCGUCCUUUACUGGACCGGGAUCCCGAGUCCGUGGAGCGUGAGCUGCAGAAGCACCAGGGUCUCAGUCAGGACAUCGAAUCCUACCUCAAUAAGUUCAACAAAAUCAAUCAUGGGGUUAAAACCGAAAUUGGCAUGCCAAGUUCCCUGUUGGAAAUGCUCUCCGAGGGCAGAUCCCUGGUGGCUUCACUGCCCCACGAACUGGAGGAGCGUGAAAAGUAUCUGAAGAACAACCGCGACUCUCGUUUGGAGUACAUGCAACUGGUGGCCAAGUUCAAUGACUGGGUACAUGAGGCCGAGCUGCGCCUUCAGAACAGCCAGCAUGGCAUCGACUACGAGCACUUGGUCCAGGAUCUUGACGAACACAAGAUAUUCUUUGGCAAUGAGGCUCCCAUCCGCAACCUGGUGCACAAGCAGAUCCAGGAGGCCGCCGAUAAGAUCUGGUCCUCGCUGAACAACUACGAACAGUCGGAACUUUCGGCGGAGUUGGCUCAGUUCCAAACCAAGUUGACCAACACCCUGGCCAAUGCCAAGACCCAACAGAGUGAACUGGAGAAGGAGGCCGAACGCUGGCGGGAAUACCAGCAGUCCAUUGAUCGCGUCAAGGCCACCAUCGAACGUACCAAGUUUGUCGAUGAGCCCGUCCAGAAUUUGGCUGGACUCCACUUCAAUAUCCAGAAGCUGUCGCACGCCAUCGGCAAUGUUCAGAGCCAAAACAGCGACCUAACGCUAGUCAACCAGCAGGCCCAAUCGCUCAUCCGCCAAGCGGACGCCCGCAAUCGCCAGCUGAUUGAACAGGAUAACGCCGGACUGAAUAGAUCUUGGCAGGAUCUGGUGCGCAGCCUGGAACAGCGACGCGACAACCUGCAACAGUUGGCCGAGCAUUGGGACGGCUUCGAGAACAGCCUGCACGCCUGGGAAAAGGCACUUGGUCGACUGGAGGACAAGUUCCGCAAUGUCGAUCCGACUGUAAGAUCCCGACGUCACUUGGAAGAUACGAAGAAUGCCAUUCAGGAACUACGUGAAGAAUCAAAUCAACUUAAAUCAUCACAUAAAGAAAUCGAGGCGCUCUCUAAAUCCAUCCUCACAUUCCUUGGGGAAGUACACAAACCCUCGGCGGAGGCCAUACAGGCCAAAGUGGAUAAGUUAGUUGAACAGCAGGCCAAAUUAAACGACACUCUGCGCGAUAAGGAGCAACAGGUUAGCAAGGAUCUCGAGGAGAUCGAGCAAGUCUUCCGUCGCAUCUCGCAGCUGCAGGACAAGCUAAACGCGCUUCACGAUCAACUCCAGUCGGUUCACGUCUACGACGAGCACAUAGCCCAAACGGAACAGCUCCUAAUCACACUGAACAGUCAGGUGCAGCAGGCCGCCGAGGAGAGCAAAUCACUGGUGGCCCAGACAACGGCCCACUACCAGGCCAAACAGAAUCAGCUGCCCAGCGACAUUGCCCAGGAGUUUACCGCUCUUGAGCUACUUGCCGAACGCGUCCAGGUGACCAUGGAGACCAAAGAGAAGGAUUUCAAGCGGGCAAAGACCGUGCGCACCGAAUAUGUGGCCGGUGUGGACGAGGUGCAGCGUUGGCUAUUCCAGGCGGAGGUGCAGGUGCAGGAGAGAAGCCUCACACCCACACAGAUGAAGGAGCUGCUGCAGCGCAUUAAUCACGAGAUCACCGCCAUCUACGAACGCUUCACCCUGGUCAAGACCAACGGCCAGCUGAUCAUCGAGAACUGUCGCAACAGCGAGGAGAAGACGCUGGUGCAGACGACCAUCGAUCAGUUGGCCGCAUCGCUGGCCCAGGUACGCGGCUGGCUGGAUGAGAAGAAGCAGGCGGUGGGCGAUAGUCUGGACGCGUGGACGAGGUUCAUGAACCUCUACCAGAUCGUGAUGUCGUGGGCUUCCGAGAAGCGCACCUUCAUCGACCAGACCAUCGAGCUGCGCACCCUGCCCGAGGCACGCAACAAACUGAACGACUAUGUGACGGCUGUGAAGAGUAUUAAACCGAUUGUGAAGCAUCUGAGCGAAAUGGACAAGGAACUGGAGCACAUUGGCCAAGUGACGACUGUGGGCGAUCUCAAGGACAAACUGCAGGAGGCCGAGGAUGCGAAGAUAUCCGUGGAAGCGGUGCUGCUAGAGAGGAACUCCCUGCUGCAAGAGGCCUGCGAGGAAUGGGACCAAUGUGAACGCAAGAUUAAGGAUAUACGCUCCUGGCACGAAAAGACGAAGCAGGGACUGGACUCCUCGCAGCAGCAGAAGAAACCGCUGCGCGAUCAGCUCGGCUUCUGUGAGAAGACCCUGGCCGACAUCAAUGUGCAGAAAACGAAACUGAGACUGUCCAUCGAGAAACUGGAGGUUCAUUUCCGCAAUGGCAUGGGCGGUGAUCCGCGCCUGAGCGAGAAUGUCGAUGAUCUGGUGCGCGUGCUCGACGGCCUCGGCGAAUUGGUCAGGGCCAAGUCGCAGAGCCUCGAGCAGACGCUGGCCCAGAUCGACGUUUACCAGCAGCAGAUGCAGUCCCUGCGCCAGCGCAUCAUCCAGGAGGAGCAGCAGCUCCGCCUGGUGAUGGCGCCCACGUACUUGCCGCACGAUCGCGAGCGCGCAUUAGCCGAGCAACAGGCAAUGCGAGAAUCAAUCGAUGGCAUGCAGCAAGUCUACGAUGCGACCGCUCGAAAGUCCUAUGCGCUGGAUCCCCAUUCAGUGGUGACCACUUCAUCGACUGUCUCGUUGCUUAUGAAGCCAACGGCGGCAGUGGGUCUAACCUAUGCUGAAGUGCUGUCGGGACAUGCGAGUCCGGUAAGCAGCGGUAAUGAAUCGGUAACCAAUCCCCGAACAGAACGAGACCCCUCCACGACGACAACGACCACAACGACUCGGCAGCAACAAUCGAACGAUACUCAGAACCGGACCACUAUUACAACCAUUAAGACUACCACAACCAAGACAACGACUUCGAGAAGUACGCACGGGGAUGACGAUCUAAGCCAAGAGCGAAUCGAGUUCAAUGGCGGUGGCAGCACCAUACCCACAGAGAUCUAUGAGCACCACGAACAGGUCACACCACCCAGCGAAUAUACCUCAAACACGGUUCCUAUCACAGCUACGACAACGACAACGAUAACGACAACCAACCCCAACACCCAGUUCAUCGAAAGCGAGCAGAGACACCAACAUCACCAUGCGAAAGCGGGUAAGAAGCUUCAGCCACCGCGGCCAGAACGCCGUGGUCGAUCUCCCAGACGCCGACCUCAACAGCCCCAUCCAGUGGAAGCCUCUCAACAGCCCUCGAUCGAGAUUCAAUUGGAGCCACCACAGCAAGCACAAGAACAGGAACAACUCUUCUUGCCUGCUGAUGACCGGACUAGAUCCCGCAGCCCCAUGUGGGUACCAGGAUCGACUUCCUACGCUGAAGUUCUUCGGGGACUGGAGCUGGAGCGGAUCAGGGCCGAACAGCAGGCCGCUCAGGCAGUUCAAGGCCGUUCCGAAUUGACCAUUCAGGAUGUUGUGGAUGCCAGCGCAGAAGUGUCAGGCAGUAUUUAUAUACCACAAGCUGAUCCAGAGCCCAUCAAGGAAACGCCGCAACAGCAACCACAGCUGGAACAGUACAUCACCGAAACGAGCACAUUACUUGACUAUUCUACUCCCCAGCAACAGGAACAGAAGCCCGCCAGCCAAUACGAAGCACCCAUGACUGCCGAAGAAAUUGCAGCCACCUACUUGCAGCCCGAUCCGCAGUUGUAUCAGACUAUGUACGAAAACGUGGCCGAUAGCGGUCAGUGGGGCUAUGUCACGGGAUCUGCGACGGAUCCACAGCAUCAGCAGCAGCAGCAGCCUCCACAGAACUACUACGAGCAGAUAAUGCAGAUGCAGUAUCCCAUACAGUAUCAACAAGUAGCUGUACCACCAGCCACUACGCAGUAUCAGCUAUUAGCAGGCUACUAUCAGCCGGUGCCUCAGACGGAGGCCUAUUCCACGGUUUAUCCGGCAGAGCCAAAUCAAAUAUACUACGCACAGCAAGCGGCGGAUUACUCGCAGGAAUAUUCACAGCAGCAGCAAGUCGAACCUAUGCAAGAAUACCCGCAGGAAACAGUGGAGCAGACAUAUCUGCUUGAUCCAUAUCGCGUUGAGAACACUCUUCCCUCGACGACAGGCAACAGCGUGCUGGAUCGCGUUGUUACCACACUGGCAUCGAUCGUUCAACAGAGUGCAGAACCCCUGACCACCAGCACCCAGCAAAUCCAACCUCUUGUCACUGUGGUCGAGAGCGAGCCGUACUAUAUUGAAGAGCAUGUUCAAAUGCUGCGACCUGUAGAGCCACAGGAACUUGAGCUGGAUGAACCGCGACCUGAUAUCACAUUUGGUCAAUUCGAGGUUGAUGCCAUUGAAACUAUACCAUUGGAUGAACCACAUGCACCACAGACCCAAGUCGAGACUCAGUCGCAAGUCCGUACUCAACAAACCAUUACGACAACCACUUAUGUAACAGAGACAUCAACGGUCUCCGAACAGACACAGCCAACUGUGAUAACGCAGCAGACUCAGGAAGUCAUCGCGGUACCAGAUAUCCCACAGAUCCCCAUAGAAGUGCCCACAACUGUCGUGGUGCACCCCCAGCCGCAGAGGCGAAGCAACCAACAGGUCCGGCCCCAGGACAUUAGCACAGGCAGCACUUACGCCGAAGUCCUCUUCGGUCUCCACCACAAAGAACAUCCAGUUUUCCAGCCAUCCAGUCAGCAACCGACCCCAGUGCGCCUUACGUCCUCGCCGCCUUUGCAACGCAAGACGGAACAGACUGGUACUAUCAGUACCACUACUUUUACCAAUAAGACUUCCCAACCAGCACGACAUGUCGAGAAAUCAUCGGCAUGGGAACACAAGAUCGACAAUGUGGACUCACGAACCUCGCGACUUAAAAGAGUGAGGCACGAAACUCAACCGGAACCACUACCGAUUAAACAGAGUACCAGGAAAGAUGGUAGGACGGGUAAAAAACCACAGUCUCCUGAUACAAAUGGUGUUGCCUUGGUGGAAACGAAAGUGGUUGAUGCUCCGGUAUCCAAUCCUGUAGUUGAAGAGACUUCAAAGCCUGAGCCAAAGCCAAGAAAAUCAAAGAAGCCAAAGAAGUCCACUGAUAAUGGGGUUGAAUCAGCCGCCGCUAUCUCAGUGCCAUCUAAGAAAGAUACGCAAUCGGCCCUUCCCUCUGUAGAGAAAACGGAAACUGUGGUUGAAAGAACUGUGAUAAAGAAAAUCGUUGAACCAUCUGUUGAGCCUGUAGAACCAAUUCCAGUUCCCUCGAAGAGAGAAAAGAAACAAAAGCCAGUUGAAGUGGCACCAGUCGCUCCGACCAGAAAAGAGAAAAAACAAAUCAAGAGUCAUGUUAAGGAGGUUGAUACCGCCAUAGCAAAAGAACUUGCUAUUGAAAAGGAGACUGCCAAGCCAGCUGAUGUUCCAAAGACACAGGGAAAACAAACGAAAACCGUGGUCGAGACGGUAGUUGAAAAGGAGGUUCUCAAACCAGCCGUAACUGAGAAUGUAGAGUUGGCAAAGACGCUUACCCCGGCGGCGCCUUCGAAGAAGGACAAGAAGCAGUCCAAGACAGUUGUUGAGCAAGAAGUGAUUAUGAAGCCAAUUGAGACUGUUAUCGAAAAGGAAGUAGUAACACCAACUGUGAUUGAAACAACCGAUGUUUCUCAAGUAAAGCAACAAGAAGCUCCUGCUCCUUCUUCGAAAAAGGAAAAGAAACAGACUAAAAAAGUGGUUGAGACCUCGGUCACUGUUACAGAAAAUGUGGAACCGGCUGUUCAUUUCGAGGCCACUCCUGCAGUGCCAACGAAAAAGGACAAAAAACGUUCUAAGAAGGAACCUAAGGAAGAAAUUAAAAUUUCCUUGGCAUCGGUGGAGAGCACUGAAAAUAUUACGGAGCCUACAGUUUCUAUUCAGGAAACAGUUGAAAAAGUUGAAACGUUAUCAGAAACAGUUCCUGAAACAACAUUAGAAGAAGAAAAGGUGACAGUUCAAUAUGAAAAUGGUUUUUCAGAUUCAUCACUUACAACUACUGAAACUGUUACGAAGUCUACCAAUGAGGUUGCACCCUCCAAUAUAACCGAGACCAUUAUUGAAGGCGAGCCCACGGUUACCACAUCGACUAAUACCAUUUCAACGGAAAGUGGAACUACAACUAUCACAACGCGAACAAUAACUAAGCAUAUUACCAAGCGCAUUGUGAAGCGAAUUGUAGAUGGUAAGGAGGAGAUUGUUGAGGAAGAUGUCAUUGAUGAUUUGCCUGAAGAGAACAUCUGCGUUGAGCAGUACAACCUACCAACAAUCGAGACCACCACCAAUGAGGUGCCCAUCGAUGUGACAGGAUUCGCUACAGCCCAGGAUACAAUCGUGCAGCAGGGAUCGAUAACCAAGACUGUUAUCACAAAGACAAAGCGCAUCUUGAAACGCAUCACCGAAGACGGAGAGGAAAUAGUUGAGGAGGUCUUUGAGGAUGAACCCGAGGUGGAACGCGACGUUACACUACUGCCUACCACAGUGGUCACUUCGUUGGAUGUCAUAAAGGAUGCUGCCCAUAAUGUGGUUGAGGAAGUUAUCAAACAAGCUGAGGAAAUAACGCAACCUGAAUCGCAGAAGUUGAUCGAGGAAAAGCCUGAACCUGAAGUUUCCGAAGAAGUUGUGGCUGUGAAGAAGCAAAAUAAGCCACAAAAGCCUUCGAGAAAGGAGAAGAAGCAAAAAUUAUUGGAGAACAAACCAGAAACGGUUAUCGAAACGAAGGUUGUCGAAAUUGUCGAGCCACAACAAGAAAUCACAGAGCCCCAACAAGAAAUCACCGAGCCGCAACAAGAAAUCACAGAGCCCCUGAACAUAACAAGUGCAAUUACAACAGAUAAUAAUCAAACUCUUUCGUCGGAGCAGACCACUGUCAGCGAUGAUAGUGGCCUCAUUAAGACUACAGUUAUUCGUACAACCAAAAUCGUAAAGAAAAUCUCAAACAAUCAGCAAGAAAGUCAGGAGAUGGUGUCUUCGACGUAUUCAGAUGCACCCUCGUCUUUGGGAUCUUACGAUUUGGCGGAAGAAGCAUUAGAACCUGCCAAGAUUGAGAAAUCAGAGUUAAAUAGCCGUGAAAUUAGCGAUGAAGGCGUGGUUAAAACAACAAAAACCACAACCACCAAAACAAUUAUAUCUCCCAAGGUAGAUGAAAGCAAAGAGGAACCAUCACUGGAAGUGACAUCCACUGUUUCGCCUCCAGUUGAUAUUGAGUCUGAGGAGGGUGGUGUAGUUAAAACUACUAUAGUGCGCACCACCAAAAUUGUCAAGAAGAUUUGCAAUGAAAGCGAAAAUGUGAGCGAGACCAGCAGUGAGCCAGAAGUCUCUCUACCAAUUGUGGAAACAGCCAUUCAAGAUGCACCUGUAGUAGCUGAAUCGGUUACAACCGAGUCGAACAGCGAGGGUAUAACCAAGACCACAACUACGCGAACUACAAAGGCUGUGACAAAGACUGUCACCGAAAAUGAACAAGAAAUCCUUAAGCUACCGGAUGUUCCUGUUGAUCCGGUUGAACCAGAAAACCAAACUGUUUUGGGUGUAAUUGAAACCGUCGAACUGCCAGAAGUUCCGGUGGCCCCUAUUGGAGUUGAGGACAAGCUCCUAGUCACUGCGACAGCUAAUAAAUAUUCCCAGGCUAGUCAAGAAAAGUCCUCAAUAGUGGACUUUAUUAGCGCAGAACAGAAUGCGACUGAUAAAUAUACAACGCCAAUAAAAACCGUCACGGAGGUUCCAGCUAUCGCGGAAUUUGAGAGCAGUUAUCCAAUUGAAGAAACUACGACAUCUGAGCCAGAAUCUUCUGAGGUUGGUGAUGUUGUCAAGACAACAAUUGUUCGAACAACGAAAAUUGUUAAAAAGGUUACCCAAAACACGGAACAAACUGUUGGUGUGGUCGUUGAUGCUCCACAGUCGGAGACUGAAAAAACGGAAGCAGAAGAGCCUGUAGAGGAGGCUAGUGGGGGUGUGACUAAGACAACAACUGUGCGUACUACGAAGAUCGUGAAAAAGCUGAAUGAAGAUGGAGAAACAACAACUGAGGAGACCAGCACUGCCAGUGACCCAGUGACAGUCCGAGAACUUUCGCCAGCUUUUUCAGAAGUUCCGAGCGAUACUUCAACCACAUCCAGCCAAAUCGAUGGUGCAAUUAUCAAAACUACGACGAUUCGAACGAUGCGCAUAACAAAGAGGAUUUCCAAUGACGGACGUAUUCAUCUUACGGAAAGCGAGACACCAAGUGAUGUGAUCGUGACUUCAAGCAUUGAGAUGCCCGAUCAAAGACCAAUUAGUCCACUGAUUUCCUCGAGGUCAACCUCCCCUGCUGUGACGCCUAGUUCCGAACUUAAGCUAGAUAAUUUGGGUGCCAGUAUUCAGUUAGGAUUGAAAGACAGUCCGACAGGGGUCAAGGUUAUUGGCAUUGAAACAAGCACAGUGGAUUUGCCGAAGCUUGCUGAACAGCAAGUUGUUACAAGCAAGACUAAUGGGGCCAUUAACGAGACGGAUAGUAUUACCACUACUACGACGACUACCAAGAACACGAUACUAACGACUACGCAACGACGAAGCUUCGAAACCGAAGAUGGCACAAAUGUUCUUUUCGUGGGAGAAGGCAUUGACGGUGCAUAUCCACCAGGCACAGUUCAAAAAAUUUCCCUUAUUACCCAUGAAGAGAAGCUGAAGACACCUAUUGUGAAAAUGCAUCUUGAUUUUCCGGAGGUUAGUCUUCGGGUGACCGAGACUGUGACUGAAAAUGUGGAAUCCCUGCAAAGAGCAGCCGAAAGUAAUGAAAAUUCCGUGAUUGAAGUAGUUGAAUUGUCCAAGUCUGAAGUUCCAGAACCAAUAGAAUUGAAGCCAGAUCCCAUUCUUAAGAUAGAUGAUCAUUCUACCAAUUUAGACGAACUAAAAGCGACCCCAACAGUUUUACCCGAUAGUAAUACUGCAGAACUUAGCCGUGAAGAGCAGAAACUUUUCGAGGACAUUCAAAAGAAAUUGUCUAAGAAAGAUAAAAAGAAGCGCCCCGCCAUUCCUGAAGAGUUUAUUAAGCAAGAAACGGUUCAGGUCAUUUUAGAAGAAAGCAAAGGUAACGAGGCUCCUAUUGUUGUCUCAGUAGUUGAAAAACUUACAGAUGUCGUUGAAUCCUCAGUUAAGAAGGACCCUAUUGCCCCGACUGUAGAAGUAGAAAUAGUUUCCGAAGCACCCCUUGUUUCAACAACUGAUGACGUCGAUGUAGAUACUAAGCCGAUCCCUGUUCCAGAGGCAGAGAAAUUGCUUCUCAACAUUUCUGAAGACUCGUCCCUAAUCUCAAGCUUUAAGUUAAUCGAACAAAACAAUUCCGAUAUUCUUUACCAUGAGUCAAUAGCAGUUGUCCCUGUUUCCACCCAAGAAGAAGUGCCAGUAGAAAAUCCAUGUGAAACUCAGUCAAGUCCUCCUCCUACUAAUAUCGCUAAUGAAAUUGUUCCUGAUAAACCAAGCGCAUUAAUUGCUGAAGCAUUUGUGGCUAACACGGUAAGCACUUUAAGUAUAAUCACUAAUAUUGAGAAACUUUCCCCUGUGAACAAAAUAUUUGAAGUUCCCAAAUUUGACAUAUCCAAACUUACUAUUGCUGAGGGUAAUUAUCACAUAAUUAAUUCUAAAACUAAAGCAGCUGAGCAGGUAAACCCUAUCGAACCUGAACCUGUAUUGCCACCAAAGUCGGUAAGCUUUAUCAUUGACACCGAAACAAAAACAGAGUCUACCGUCACAGACGUGGGUUCAACAAUAACGCAGAUUUCAAAUGUAGACCAACAAGCAGCAAAUGUUCCAGCUAUAUACCACUUCGAGAUUCCCAAAUUCGACAUACUGUCCCUUAGUAAGGCGGAAGCCAAACAGAAAACGCUUCAAGCUUAUGAGCUUCAGGAAGCAUCCAGAGCUGAAGAAGAUCACACAACAGCUGACGUACCAGACCAAAAAGAACAACAGAUUAUAGAAUCUUAUAUUCCUGAAGAGCCCAAGAAAACUGAAGCAGUUCAUCCUGAGUCACAAAAGGACGCAGAACUAAUCGAAGAAUUCGUCGAGCCAAAGCCAAUAACUGAAACUCCAAUUGUAGACCAGACGACGAACAUCACAACUGAAACCACCACAACAAUAACGACCGAGUCUGUGAGCGAAAUUCCUAUACCUGAAAAGAAAUCGGAAGAACCCAAAAAGCCGGCAUAUGCCGGUCUUCCUGUUGAUGACUCUUCUAGCUCGUGGAUGGAUGUUCUGGAUGAACCUAUGAACUUCUCUGAGGAUGAAGAGGAAAUAGAUUCUGAGCUACAAAAGGAAACUCUUGUUGAAGAAGUAGUCGAGGAUAAGCUAAUUGUUGAAGAUGCGGUCGUGGACGAGUCCAAGACCAUUACAACAGUGACCACCACAACAAUAACUACCGAAACCAUUGGGGAACUCGCUAUUUCCGAGGAACUCAAAAAUGUUCAAGAACCAGUGAAGAUACCUGAAGAACCCAAAAAACCUGCAUAUGCCGGUCUUCCCGUGGAUGACUCUUCUAGCUCGUGGAUGGAUGUCUUGGAUGAACCCAUGAACUUCUCUGACGAUGAUGAGGAACCAGUUUCUGAGCCACAAAAGGUUGAAGUAGUCGAGGUGAAGCCAAUUGUUGAAACUUCGGUUGAUGAAGAAUCCAAGACCAUUACAACAGUUACCACUACAAUUACAACUACCGAAACCAUUGGAGAACUUGCUAUUCCCGAGGAACCAAAAAAUGUUCAAGAACCAGUGAAGAUACCCAAAGAACCUAAGAAACCUGCAUAUGCCGGUCUUCCCGUCGAUGAAUCUUCUAGCUCGUGGAUGGAUGUCUUGGAUGAACCCAUGAACUUCUCUGACGAUGAAGAGGAACCAGUUCCUGAGCCGGAGAGGCAAGUAACGCUCGUCGAAGAAGUAGUCGAGGUUAAGCCAACUGUUGAAGAUUCGGUUGAGGAUGAAUCCAAGACCAUUACAACAGUUACCACUACAAUCACAACUACCGAAACCAUUGGAGAACUUGCUAUUCCCGAGGAACCAAAGAAUGUUCAAGAACCAGUGAAGAUACCCGAAGAACCUAAGAAACCUGCAUAUGCCGGUCUUCCCGUCGAUGACUCUUCUAGCUCAUGGAUGGAUGUCUUGGAUGAACCCAUGAACUUCUCUGACGACGAAGAGGAACCAGUUCCUGAGCCAGAGAGGCAAAUAACGCUCGUCGAAGAAGUAGUCGAGGUUAAGCCAACGGUUGAAGAUUCGGUUGUGGACGAAUCCAAGACGAUUACAACAAUUACCACUACUACAACAACUACCGAAACCAUUAGCGAACUUGCUAUUUCCGAGGAACCCAAGAAUGUGGAAGAACCGGUGAAGAUACCUGAAGAACCCAAGAAACCUGCAUAUGCCGGUCUUCCCGUCGAUGACUCUUCAAGCUCGUGGAUGGACGUUUUGGAUGAACCUAUGAACUUCUCUGACGAGGAAGAGGAACCAAUUACUGAGCCCAAAAAAGAAGUUGUCAAAGAAGUUUGCGAGGUUAAGCCAAUUGUUGAAGCUCCUGUAAUAGAUGAAACCAAGACAAUUACAACUGUUACGACCACAACUGUUACAUCAACCAAUCUAACUGAUACUGAGAAGAACGUCCUUCCUGUCGAAGAGGUUCCCGCACCAGAUGAACCGCAGACAUUAAUUAAUGUAGUAGAAGAAGUCAGUCAUUUAGAGAAGCCUUUAGAGGAGCCUAUUGACACGUGGUCAAGCGUUUUGGAGGACACCAUUUCUAAUACUGGAAAUAUUGGAUUUAUUUCAACCUUAUCGGCGGACGCACCUGAGUUUACUCCAUCUUAUUUGAGACAUACCUUCUCCGACCAAACGCAUACGUUCCUUGCGAAUGAAAGAGUAUACAACGAAUUCAUUCCCCGGAACAGGUCGGAACAAACAAUUGCGCUACAUCAAAAACCUAAAAAGGCAAAACCCUCAAAGCGGCAAAACAAGAAGGUAGAAAUACAAGAACAAAUUGUUGAUGUCCAACCUGCUCAAGAAAAAAGUGUUGCAGAACCGAUACAAAUAGUUGAAGAAGUGGAGAAUGUUUGGAACAAGAACCGGGAUGGUAAAUCGUAUGCUGAUGUGCUACUCAACUCCGGAGUUAUAGCUGAUGUCCCAUCUACUGAGUUACAUAAAGAAAUCCUGCAAAAGCCAGCCAUGGUAAAUACUAAGUCCCAAGAGCGGAAGAAAAAGUCGAAGCCAGCGAAGGGCCAGCCAGAAAAGAGUAUUGAAAUUUCCUCACCAAGCACCGAAAGCGACAAAUCUAAGCCAAGUAGCGACAGUGAGCAGUCUAAGCCUACGACAGAAAGCGAAUUAUCCAAACCAACAACAGAAAGUUCUAAAGAGCCGUCUUCCGACGAAAGGGAUGUUUCCAGCGCACCCGAGCUGACAUGGUCAGCCCUUGUGCGAAGACCCGGCGAGUGGUCAGAUGCAACCGUAGUUCAGAAACAGAGCUCACACACAGCUGCCACAACGAGAGAAAAACAUAGCCAGAAAGAAAAGGAAGAGCCCAAGAAGACCAUUAAGUCGAAGAAGACAAAGAAGUCUAAGAAACCUAUUGUAGACCCCGUUUCAACUACAUCUGAAGACGAGCAACCCGAAACUGUGCCUGAGCCAGUUGAAGCUAUACCUGCACCAGUAGAGGCAAAACCGGAGCCAGAAAUUGUCGAGAAGCUAGAGAGUAGCAGCGCAUUCUCCUGGGCCUCACUUGUGAAGAGACCAGGUGAAUGGAUUGACAACACUGUUACUCACAUUAAAACCGCUGUCGCCCCGUUGCCUGAUGUAAAAGAACCAACCAAAAAGGACAAUAAAAAGCCACAUAAGCCCAAGAAACAGAAGGAAACUAAAAAACCAAAUCCCGUUUCUGAGCCCGAAGAUGUAAUAAGCAGUGAACCUUCGGAUGAAAUAGUUGUGGAUUGCGAGGUAGAAGUGAAAGAAGUUAAAUCUAUCGAAAACUCAGAAAACUCCUUCUCUUGGGCCUCCCUGGUAAAGAAACCAGGCGAAUGGGUUGAUGACAUUGCUUCUCGCAAGAAGCCAGUUGAAAUUCUUAAAGAGGAGCCUAAGGAAGUGCAACCACGGAAAGAACGUAAAAUUUCAAAACCUCAGGGCAAGCCUCAGUCCGAAAACACCACCAAGCUUAAUAACAAAAAGGAAACUCGUGAACCCAUUGUUGUUCAUUCGACUUCAGAGGAAAGUGAUGUGGUUGAGGUAUUACAGCCUAUUGAUGAGAAUACAAUUACUUGGGCUAAAAUCGCCAGUCAAAUUGAUCAUAUGACAGACUUGAAACCAAAGGCCAAACAGGAAACUAAGCUGAAACAAGCAGAACGGGUAAAACAACAAAUAAGAGCCGAUCGAAUUGAGAAGCACACAAAAGAUCAUGCUUUAUCUCCACAAAGAAAAGAAGGUGGUCAUUCCUGGUCAUCUGUGGUUAGUCAUGAAGUCACUGAUUUUAUUGAAGCUGAAAGUAUUAGACGAGCUCCGGAAGUGCCUGUGAAAAGGUCGAGUGGCAAUACCCAACCAAGAAUUGCUCCAAAAUUGGAGGAACCUUUGAAAGAACCUGUUCAAAAGGAUGUAGAAAAUACCCCUCUAAUCGACAAUGGGGCAGACAACAUAGUUUUUGAACGAAAAUCGUGGAAAGAGCUUAUCGAAGACGAAAUAGAAAUUCCUCUUCCUCAUGAGAAUGGAGACGAAGCCAACAUUAAUAAGAUUAUUAAAACCAUCCAAGAAAUACAAACAACCUGUGACGAAAAACCAAACAUCUUUUUUGAGCCGACAGAAAGUGAAAUAAAGAAAGAACCAGGUGUCACAACGAAUACAGAAGAAGAAACGACCGUUGAGUCUCCAAAGGAAGACUUGGUUGCUGAAUAUAUUACUUUAUCUAAGCCAGUUAUUGACUCUUCGAGCCGUACUCCUCAAGUUUCAAUUAAAAAUGAAUCCAGAACGAUUACAACGGUAACCACCACAACAGUAUCAACGGAGUCUAUUAGCGAAACUGCAAUUCCCCUGGAAAGUAAGCAAAUUGAAGAACCGGUGAAGAAACCUGCAGAACCUAAGAAACCUGCAUAUGCCGGUCUUCCCGUCGAUGACUCUUCUAGCUCGUGGAUGGAUGUCUUGGAUGAACCUAUGAACUUCUCCGACGAUGAAGAGGAACCAGUUUCUGAGCCACAAAAGGUUGAAGUAGUCGAGGUGAAGCCAAUUGUUGAAACUUCGGUGGAUGAAGAAACCAAGACCAUUACAGUUACCACCACAAUUACAACUACCGAAACCAUUGGAGAACUUGCUAUUCCCGAUGAACCCAAAAAUGUUCAAGAACCGGUUAAGAAAUCUGAAGAACCAAAGAAACCAGCAUAUGCCGGUCUUCCUGUCGAUGAAUCUUCUAGCUCGUGGAUGGAUGUCUUGGACGAACCUAUGAACUUCUCCGACGAUGAAGAGGAACCAGUUCCUGAGCCACAAAAGGAUGAAGUAGUCGAGGUGAAGCCAAUUGUUGAAACUUCGGUGGAUGAAGAAUCCAAGACCAUUACAACAGUUACCACCACAAUCACAACUACCGAAACCAUUGGAGAACUUGCUAUUCCCAAGAAUGUUCAAGAACCGGUUACGAUACCUGAAGAACCAAAGAAACCUGCAUAUGCCGGUCUUCCCGUCGAUGAUUCUUCUAGCUCGUGGAUGGAUGUCUUGGAUGAACCUAUGAACUUCUCCGACGAUGAAGAGGAACCAGUUUCUGAGCCACAAAAGGUUGAAGUAGUCGAGGUGAAGCCAAUUGUUGAAACUUCGGUUGAUAAAGAAUCCAAGACCAUUACAACAGUUACCACUACAAUUACAACUACCGAAACCAUUGGAGAACUUGCUAUUCCCGAGGAACCAAAGAAUGUGGAAGAACCAGUGAAGAUACCCGAAGAACCAAUGAAACCUGCAUAUGCCGGUCUUCCCGUCGAUGAUUCUUCUAGCUCAUGGAUGGAUGUCUUGGAUGAACCCAUGAACUUCUCUGACGAUGAAGAGGAACCAGUUCCUGAGCCGGAGAGGCAAGUAACGCUCGUCGAAGAAGUAGUCGAGGUGAAGCCAAUUGUUGAAACUUCGGUUGAUGAAGAAUCCAAGACCAUUACAACAGUUACCACUACAAUUACAACUUCCGAAACCAUUGGAGAACUUGCUAUUCCCGAGGAACCAAAGAAUGUUCAAGAACCAGUGAAGAUACCCGAAGAACCAAAGAAACCUGCAUAUGCCGGUCUUCCUGUCGAUGAAUCUUCUAGCUCGUGGAUGGAUGUCUUGGACGAACCUAUGAACUUCUCCGACGAUGAAGAGGAACCAGUUCCUGAGCCACAAAAGGAUGAAGUAGUUGAGGUGAAGCCAAUUGUUGAAACUUCGGUGGAUGAAGAAUUCAAGACCAUUACAGCAGUUACCACUACAAUUACAACUACCGAAACCAUUGGAGAACUUGCUAUUCCCGAUGAACCCAAAAAUGUUCAAGAACCGGUUAAGAUACCUGAAGAAGCAAAGAAACCUGCAUAUGCCGGACUUCCCGUCGAUGACUCUUCUAGCUCGUGGAUGGAUGUCUUGGACGAACCUAUGAACUUCUCCGACGAUGAAGAGGAACCAGUUUCUGAGCCACAAAAGAUUGAAGUAGUCGAGGUGAAGCCAAUUGUUGAAACUUCGGUGGAUGAAGAAUCCAAGACCAUUACAACAGUUACCACCACAAUUACAACUACCGAAACCAUUGGAGAACUUGCUAUUCCCGAGGAAACCAAGAAUAUUCAAGAACCGGUGAAGUUACCUGAAGAACCAAAGAAACCUGCGUAUGCCGGACUUCCCGUCGAUGACUCUUCUAGCUCGUGGAUGGAUGUCUUGGACGAACCUAUGAACUUCUCUGACGAUGAAGAGGAACCAGUUUCUGAGCCACAAAAGAUUGAAGUAAUCGAGGUGAAGCCAAUUGUUGAAACUUCGGUGGAUGAAGAAUCCAAGACCAUUACAACAGUUACCACUACAAUUACAACUACCGAAACCAUUGGAGAACUUGCUAUUCCCGAUGAACCCAAAAAUGUUCAAGAACCGGUUAUGAUACCUGAAGAAGCAAAGAAACCUGCAUAUGCCGGACUUCCCGUCGAUAACUCUUCUAGCUCGUGGAUGGAUGUCUUGGAUGAACCCAUGAACUUCUCUGAUGAUGAAGAGAAACCAGUUCCUGAGCCAGAAAGGAAAGUAACGCACGUCGAUGAAGUUGUCGAGGUUAAGCCAACUGUUGACAAAUCAAAGAUCACUACAAUAGUUACCACCACAACUACAGUUACCGAAACCGUUGGCGAACCUGCUAUUUCCGAGGAACUGCCUAAUACAGUGGAUACAGUUUCUAAGCCAUAUGAGGUAACGCUCUCGAAUAAAGUAGUCGAGCCAACAUCUAAUAUGUGGGAACUGCAUUCGUCAUAUGCUGAUGUGUUGCGUCACACUGUGGACUUUAUAAGUUUAGAAAAGAAUAAUGUGGAAGUCCCAACUGAAUUAAAUGUAGUUAAGGGACAAAAAACGAAAGAGCCUGCUAAACUUCCAGUAACUUCAAUUACAAAAAUUGUGAAGAAAGAACCAUCGUUAAAAAAGAAGAAAGGCGCUACGCCUACAGACGAAAUUAUACCAAUUGAACAAGAAUCUCCCAAGAGCGAGACAACAACAUCUUUGUCAACAAUGGUCGAUGACAUUUUGGAUGAUAACGCUCCUACAAACGUACCCAGUUCCGAUAGCACUUUGUGGUCGUCAAUUGUCCGACAAGGUGUUCAGGAACCCAUUACAAAAAUGACUCAACCAGCCGACCAUGAUAUUAAAGCUCUUGAACCAGGGUUCCAUCAAUCGCAAGAAAUAAACAAAUUUAUUUCUCAUGAAGGCCGCACCUUAAGGAUGGAUAACAUUACGAAACAAAAAUCAAAGAAGGAAAUCAAAUCCAAUAAAACGGAAUCUUUCGAUAAAGUAGUUUUAGAACCGCAUGUUAAUAAUACUACCAUGCGCGAAAAUCCGAAAACACAGGACGAACCAAAACUUCAGCCAGUUUUAGAAAGUUCUACCAUUCAACCCAUGUCAUGGUCAUCUAUUGUCUCACAGACUGUGACAGAACCUCCUACAAUUACUGAAAGUAAAAUAUCCAAAAAUUCAGACGAUCCUCAUACAUCAAAAACAGUGCAGGAGUUCAUAAGUAAUGAGCAAAUCUUUUCAACGGCUGUAAAUGACAAAUUAAAGAAACGACAACUAAGGAAAGUAAAGAAAUCGUCUAAUAUAGAACAAGUGACUUUUGUUGGAGAACCAGAAGGUGAGGUCACCACAAUUGUUGAUGAAAUAACCCCUAAGACACAACAGGAAUCAACUGAAGUUAGUGAGGUAGUCCCAUCGCAUCCGCUAUCUUGGUCGUCUAUCGUUUCUCAAACCACAGAAGUUACAACAAAUAAACAACCUGAAGAUCAAAAUCCUUUGGAAGAAAAGCCGAAAAAACAAAAAGCUAAGAAGGAAAAGAAACCUAAGGUGGUUGAAGCUCCAGAGCCCAUCGUUGAGUCUGCAAUUCCUGAAGCCAUUGUUGAACCCACAGUUGAAGUGACUAUUGUUGAAGACCCAGUAGUUGGGGUGACCACAGUUGUUGAUGAAGUAACGCCUGAGACACAACCGGAACCCGCUCCAGUUAGUGAGGUAACCCAACCGCAACCACUAUCAUGGUCGUCUAUCGUUUCUCAAACCACAGAAGUUACAACCAAUACAACAGACUCUCGUUUCACUGAACAACCUGAAGAUCAAAAUCCUUUGGAAGAAAAGCCGAAAAAACAAAAAGCUAAGAAGGAAAAGAAACCUAAGGUGCUUGAAGUUCCAGAGCCCAUUGUUGAGUCUGCAGCUCCUGAAGCCAUUGUUGAACCCACAGUUGAAGUGACUAUUGUUGAAGAACCAGUAGUUGAGGUGACCACAGUUGUUGAUGAAGUAACGCCUGAGACACAGCCGGAACCCACUCCAGUUAGUGAGGUAACCCAACCGCAACCACUAUCAUGGUCUUCUAUCGUUUCUCAAACCACAGAAGUUACAACCAAUACAACAGACUCUCGUUUCACUGAACAACCUGAAGAUCAAAAUCCUUUGGAAGAAAAGCCGAAAAAACAAAAAGCUAAGAAGGAAAAGAAACCUAAGGUGCUUGAAGUUCCAGAGCCCAUCGUUGAGUCUGCAGUUCCUGAAGCCCUUGUUGAACCCACAGUUGAAGUGACUAUUGUUGAAGAACCAGUAGUUGAUGAAGUAACGCCUGAGACACAACCGGAACCAACUGAAGUAGUCGAAUCGCAAUCACUAUCAUGGUCGUCCAUCGUUUCUCAAACUACGGAAGUUGAAACAAAGGUAACAGACACCCAAUUGACUGAAGUACCCAAACCAUUAGAAGAAAAGCCGAAAAAACAAAAAGCUAAGAAGGAAAAGAAACCUAAGGUGGUUGAAGCUCCAGAGCCCAUCGUUGAGUCACCACUUCCUGAAGCCAUUGUUGAACCCACAGUUGAAGUGACUAUUGUUGAAGAACCAGUAGUUGAGGUGACCACAGUUGUUGAUGAAGUAACGCCUGAGACACAACCGGAACCCACUCCAGUUAGUGAGGUAACCCCAUCGCAACCACUAUCAUGGUCGUCUAUCGUUUCUCAAACGACAGAUGUUACAACCAAUACAACAGACUCUCGAUUCACUGAACAACCUGAAGAUCAAAAUCCUUUGGAAGAAAAGCCGAAAAAACAAAAAGCUAAGAAGGAAAAGAAACCUAAGGUGGUUGAAGCUCCAGAGCCCAUCGUUGAGUCACCACUUCCUGAAGCCAUUGUUAAACCCACAGUUGAAGUGACUAUUGUUGAAGAACCAGUAGUUGAGGUGACCACAGUUGUUGAUGAAGUAACUCCUGAGACACAACCGGAACCCACUCCAGUUAGUGAGGUAACCCCAUCGCAACCACUAUCAUGGUCGUCUAUCGUUUCUCAAACGACAGAAGUUACAACCAAUACAACAGACUCUCGAUUCACUGAACAACCUGAAGAUCAAAAUCCUUUGGAAGAAAAGCCGAAAAAACAAAAAGCUAAGAAGGAAAAGAAACCUAAGGUGGUUGAAGCUCCAGAGCCCAUCGUUGAGUCUGCAAUUCCUGAAGCCUUUGUUGAACCCACAGUUGAAGUGACUAUUGUUGAAGAACCAGUAGUUGAGGUGACCCCAGUUGUUGAUGAAGUAACGCCUGAGACACAACCGGAACCAACUGAAGUAGUCGAAUCGCAAUCACUAUCAUGGUCGUCCAUCGUUUCUCAAACUACGGAAGUUACAACAAAGGUAACAGAGACCCAAUUGACUGAAGAACCCAAACCAUUAGAAGAAAAGCCGAAAAAACAAAAAGCUAAGAAGGAAAAGAAACCUAAGGUGGUUGAAGCUCCAGAGCCCAUCGCUGAGUCUGCAGUUCCUGAAGCCAUUGUUGAACCCACAAUUGAAGUGACUAUUGUUGAAGAACCAGUAGUUGAGGUGACCACAGUUGUUGAUGAAGUAACUCCUGAGACACAACCGGAACCCACUCCAGUUAGUGAGGUAACCCCAUCGCAACCACUAUCAUGGUCGUCUAUCGUUUCUCAAACGACAGAAGUUACAACCAAUACAACAGACUCUCGAUUCACUGAACAACCUGAAGAUCAAAAUCCUUUGGAAGAAAAGCCGAAAAAACAAAAAGCUAAGAAGGAAAAGAAACCUAAGGUGGUUGAAGCUCCAGAGCCCAUCGUUGAGUCACCACUUCCUGAAGCCAUUGUUGAACCCACAGUUGAAGUGACUAUUGUUGAAGAACCAGUAGUUGAGGUGACCACAGUUGUUGAUGAAGUAACGCCUGAGACACAACCGGAACCCACUCCAGUUAGUGAGGUAACCCCAUCGCAACCACUAUCAUGGUCGUCUAUCGUUUCUCAAACGACAGAAGUUACAACCAAUACAACAGACUCUCGAUUCACUGAACAACCUGAAGAUCAAAAUCCUUUGGAAGAAAAGCCGAAAAAACAAAAAGCUAAGAAGGAAAAGAAACCUAAGGUGGUUGAAGCUCCAGAGCCCAUCGUUGAGUCACCACUUCCUGAAGCCAUUGUUAAACCCACAGUUGAAGUGACUAUUGUUGAAGAACCAGUAGUUGAGGUGACCACAGUUGUUGAUGAAGUAACUCCUGAGACACAACCGGAACCCACUCCAGUUAGUGAGGUAACCCCAUCGCAACCACUAUCAUGGUCGUCUAUCGUUUCUCAAACGACAGAAGUUACAACCAAUACAACAGACUCUCGAUUCACUGAACAACCUGAAGAUCAAAAUCCUUUGGAAGAAAAGCCGAAAAAACAAAAAGCUAAGAAGGAAAAGAAACCUAAGGUGGUUGAAGCUCCAGAGCCCAUCGUUGAGUCUGCAAUUCCUGAAGCCAUUGUUGAACCCACAGUUGAAGUGACUAUUGUUGAAGAACCAGUAGUUGAGGUGACCCCAGUUGUUGAUGAAGUAACGCCUGAGACACAACCGGAACCAACUGAAGUAGUCGAAUCGCAAUCACUAUCAUGGUCGUCCAUCGUUUCUCAAACUACGGAAGUUACACCAAAGGUAACAGAGACCCAAUUGACUGAAGAACCCAAACCAUUAGAAGAAAAGCCGAAAAAACAAAAAGCUAAGAAGGAAAAGAAACCUAAGGUGGUUGAAGCUCCAGAGCCCAUCGCUGAGUCUGCAGUUCCUGAAGCCAUUGUUGAACCCACAAUUGAAGUGACUAUUGUUGAAGAACCAGUAGUUGAGGUGACCACAGUUGUUGAUGAAGUAACUCCUGAGACACAACCGGAACCCACUCCAGUUAGUGAGGUAACCCCAUCGCAACCACUAUCAUGGUCGUCUAUCGUUUCUCAAACGACAGAAGUUACAACCAAUACAACAGACUCUCGAUUCACUGAACAACCUGAAGAUCAAAAUCCUUUGGAAGAAAAGCCGAAAAAACAAAAAGCUAAGAAGGAAAAGAAACCUAAGGUGGUUGAAGCUCCAGAGCCCAUCGUUGAGUCGCCAGUUCCUGAAGCCAUUGUUGAACCCACAGUUGAAGUGACUAUUGAUGAAGAACCAGUAGUUGAGGUGACCACCGUUGUUGAUGAAGUAACGCCUGAGAAACAACCGGAACCAACUGAAGUAGUCGAAUCGCAAUCACUAUCAUGGUCGUCCAUCGUUUCUCAAACUACGGAAGUUACAACAAAGGUAACAGAGACCCAAUUGACUGAAGAACCCAAACCAUUAGAAGAAAAGCCGAAAAAACAAAAAGCUAAGAAGGAAAAGAAACCUAAGGUGGUUGAAGCUCCAGAGCCCAUCGCUGAGUCUGCAGUUCCUGAAGCCAUUGUUGAACCCACAGUUGAAGUGACUAUUGUUGAAGAACCAGUAGUUGAGGUGACCACAGUUGUUGAUGAAGUAAAACCUGAGACACAACCGGAACCCACUCCAGUUAGUGAGGUAACCCCAUCGCAACCACUAUCAUGGUCGUCUAUCGUUUCUCAAACAACAGAAGUUACGACAAAUACAACAGAAACUCGUUUCACUGAACAGCCUGAAGAUCAACAUCUUUUGGAAGAAAAGCCGAAAAAACAAAAAGCUAAGAAGGAAAAGAAACCUAAGGUGAUUGUAGCUUCAGAGCCAAUCCUUGAGCCGACAGUUUCUGAAGCCAUUGUUGAACCCACAGUUGAAGUGACUAUUGUUGAAGAACCAGUAGUUGAGGUGACCACAGUUGUUGAUGAAGUAACGCCUGAGACACAACCGGAACCCACUCCAGUUAGUGAGGUAUCCCCAUCGCAACCUCUAUCAUGGUCGUUCAUCGUUUCUCAAACUACGGAAGUUACAACUAAGGUAACAGAGACCCAAUUGACUGAAGAACCCAAACCCUUAAAAGAAAAACCGAAAAAACAAAAAGCAAAGAAGGAACAGCAGUCUAAGGUAGUUGUAGCUGAGCCGACAGUUUCUAAAGCCAUUGUUGAACCCACUGUUGAAGUGACUUUCGUUGAAGAGCCAGUAGUUGAGGUGACCACAGUUGUUGAUGAGGUAACGCCUGAGACACAACCGGAACCCACUCCAGUUAGUGAGGUAACCCCAUCGCAACCACUAUCAUGGUCGUCUAUCGUUUCUCAAGCCACAGAAGUUACAACCAAUACAACAGACUCUCGUUUCACUGAACAACCUGCAGAUCAAAAUCCUUUGGAAGAAAAGCCGAAAAAACAAAAAGCUAAGAAGGAAAAGAAACCUAAGGUGGUUGAAGCUCCAGAGCCCAUCGUUGAGUUGCCACUUCCUGAAGCCAUUGUUGAACCCACAGUUGAAGUGACUAUUGUUGAAGAACCAGUAGUUGAGGUGACCACAGUUGUUGAUGAAGUAUCGCCUGAGACACAACCGGAACCCACUCCAGUUAGUGAGGUAACUCCAUCGCAACCACUAUCAUGGUCGUCCAUCGUUUCUCAAACUACGGAAGUUACAACUAAGGUAACAGAGACCCAUUUGACUGAGGAACCUAAACCCUUAGAAGAAAAACCGAAAAAACAAAAACCAAAGAAGGAAAGGAAACCCAAGGUUCACAGUGCUGAAGAGUUUAUUGACUCCAAUGUUCCUGUUUCAGUUGCUGAACCUAUUGUUGGAUUAACCAUGGUUCAAGAGGAUGUAGCACCGAAAUCUGAAACGCAUACCUUUUCAUGGUCGUCUAUCGUAGCUCAGUCUGUUGACGUUCCACAAACCAUUCCAAAGAAUGUUGAAUCGAAAUCGGGAGAUAUUCACAACUUUAUCGCCCACGAGCAGAAUUUCUCUACGGUUGUGAAUGAUACAGCCAAGAAUCUGAAACCCAAAAAGGAAAAGAAAAUAGUGCAGCCUAUUCAACAACCAACUGCGGAAAGCAUUUCUAUUCCAAAAGACCACGUGCGACAGGGAGAAACUGAUGCAGCUCCUGAGCGACAAACUUUGUCUUGGUCGUCGAUAGUGUCGCAUAACAUCGAUUUAACGCCAACGUUUACUGAAAACCGUGUCACUGAAGCCGUCGAUGAGAUCGUAAGUCCAGUGGACAUUCAAGACACCAUUCCUCAAGAAAGCAGUCUUCCCAUUCACGUUGGUGAAAAGAAACAAAAGCCUAAAAAGGAGAAGAAACAACAACAAAAUCUUGAAACUUCUGUUGUCUACGAGAAGAUUCCGGAAACCGAACGAGUUCCUGCGUCUUCAGCACCUGAAUUCCAAAUUCAGUUGCCGGCACCAACAAAACCAUCAGUAUGGAGUUCAUCAGACACCUAUGCAGAAGUUGUUAAGAAGUCAGGUUAUAUCAACAAUACAAACAUUAAAUAUCAGAAAAUUGAGGCAAGCGAACCAAUCAAGAGUGAACAAAAACAUAUCUUCGACGAAGUACAGCCUCGUGAAGAUCUUUUGGAGUUCCCGGAUCCUAUCAUUCCCGCAAUUGAAGAAGAUGAAGCACGCGACUACACCGAAAAACCCUCUCAGUUAUCGUGGAAGGACCUUGUAGAUGAGGAUGAUGUGGAUCCGCUGGAGUCUUGGUAUAAGGAAGAAACAGCUUCAGUAGAAACAAAGCAGCAAGAACCAGUACAGGAAAGACAUUCACGGGUCAGCGUAAAACCACAAAUACGUGUUACCGAGGUAGUCACUGAAACUCCACUGCAAUCCGAGACUGACCACGAAUUCUUGGAAAUUACUUCAAAGAAACGAAAUCGGUCACGCUCUCGUUCGCAACAAUCACAGACGUCUAACUUGGAGGAAAAGCCUCAAAAGAAAAAAUCAAAGAAGCCGAAGAACAAGGUACCUAAAGUACUAGCUCAACAGCCUACGGAAACGCCUGAGGAUGUUCAGCUCCCUAAGGAAGAUGUACUAUUUGUAGAAGAAAAGAGUGCAUUAGUUCAAAUAAGGGAACCGUCUCCAUCACCAGCUCCUUCUCCUUAUACCUCUGGUAUGUCAUGGGCUGCAAUUGCCGCCCAUAAUGUGCCAGAACCUGUUCAACAAAUUCGACCCCUUCCAGUUGAGGCCAAGCCAACUAUCGUUGAAGAUGUAAGGACAUCGACAAUAGAGCACUCUGUGAACAUUCCAAUCACUUUUGAAACCACUGAAGCGAAGACUAAAAAGCCAAAGCCAAAAUCUAAGCGAAAGUUGGCCAGCGAUGUGGUUGAUUUUAUCAAUGCAGAAAAAUCUGGACAUCAAGUGAUUGCCUCUAAGCCUGAUAAAGAAUCUAAUUUGGGACCUGAAACCUCAACUGAAAUAGUAGCAGAAACUGGAUCUUCAAUCGUUGAAGACGUCAUCAAAACUCCCCUUGCUCCAUUUAAAUUUGUUGUCAAUUUAGAAGAUGAACCAGUUUCUGAGCCACUUAAGGAAGCCAUUUUUGUCGAAGAAGCUUUAAAGACUGAACCAAUUGUGGAAUCGUCGACUGUGGGCGAAUCCACAACCACUACAACAGUUACCACGACAACAACAUCUACCAAAAUCAUUAGCGAACUUGGUAUUCCCGAGGAACCCAAGAAUGUUGAAGAACCGGUGAAGAUACCUGAAGAACCCAAAAAACCAGCAUAUGCUGGUCUUCCCGUCGAUGACUCUUCUAGUUCGUGGAUGGAUGUCUUGGCUGAACCAAUGAACUUCUCCGAUGAUGAAGAAGAACCAGUUCCUAAGCCAGAAGCGCAAGUAAGGCUUGUCGAAGAAGUAGUAGAGGUUAAGCCAAUUGUUGAUGAUUCGGUUGUGGACAAAUCAAAGAUCAUAACAACGGUUACUACCACAACAACAGCUACUGAAACCAUUAGUGAACAUACUAUUUCCGAGGAAACCAAGAAUAUUGAAGAACCGGCGAAGAUAUCUGCAGAGCCAAAGAAACCUGCAUAUGCCGGACUUCCCGUCGAUGACUCUUCUAGCUCGUGGAUGGAUGUCUUGGACGAACCUAUGAACUUCUCCGACGAAGAAGAGGAAACAGUUUCUGAGCCACAAAAGAUUGAAGUAGUCGAGGUGAAGCCAAUUGUUGAAACUUCGGUUGAUGAAGAAUCCAAGACCAUUACAACAGUAACCACUACAAUUACAACUACCGAAACCAUUAGAGAACUUGCUAUUUCCGAGGAACCCAAGAAUGUUCAAGAACCGGUGAAGAUACCUGAAGAAGCAAAGAAACCUGCAUAUGCCGGUCUUCCCGUCGAUGAAUCUUCAAGCUCGUGGAUGGAUGUCUUGGAUGAACCCAUGAAUUUCUCAGACAGCGAAGAAGAAGCCGUUUCAGAUUUACAUACGGAAGUAACAAGUAUCGAGACACCCUUGGCACCAUUUAAAGAUGUUGCGACAAAUAACACUCAGAUUGUAGAGGCAGUUGAUGCGCUUCAAGAACCAGUCGACACAGUUGAUGUACCUAUUGAAUCUGUGACUACUGAAACCAAGAACACUCCUCUGGCGCCUUUCAAAGUAAUUCCUGACUCUCCAGCAGAUGAUACGUUUAUAUGUGAGACAUCUUACUGGUCAGCAACUUUAAAGCCAGGCCAAAAACCAACAACGACAGUUGAAACAAUCGAGACAAAACAAGAGGAAAGACAACUCAUUGAAGUAACUAUUCCAGACGAUGGAGGUAUUGAUGAAGUCGCGGUAAAGUCACCCACUGAGCAGCCAACAACAUGGUCCGCAAUUGUCCAAACCGAGACAACGGUGUUCCCAACACCAGAUGUACAAAAGGACAGUGAAAAGACGCCUGAUUGGUCUACACUUGUUGUGAGCAAAACUACCGACUUCCAGGAGCCAAAGCCUGUGAAGGAUGUUGUAGAUUCGGAGAACAUAACAACAACGACAACAACAUAUGUGACCACAACGGUGACCACACAUAAGGAUACACCUAUUGUGGAGGAUGAAUCGCCAGCAACAUCUUAUGUGUCCACUGUGGUAACCAGCCAUAAAAAUGAGCUGGAUCUGGAACCACCGGUACCUGUCGAACUAACUAAGCCGGAGAACCUUAUCGAGAAUCUCCAUCGCGAUUCAUUCAAGGUGCAUCCCGAAUACGAAUUUUUGCACGGACAAUAUCAACAACUGAAGGUGGUAAAUAUAACGGAUGAACCGUACUUAGAGGAAUCCAAAGAAGAUGUUCCUUUGGUAGAAGAUUAUGUGAUAAUUGAACCCGAAGCGAUACCUGAAAUCAAUUCCGAAAUCCUUGCUCUUAAUCUUUAUCUUGACCAAACCUAUAUUUUGCCCAAGAUUCGUAUAGAUGUUGACACCAUUAGCCAGCUGCUCACCCUUGAAAAGUCAGCACAUCCUAUUGUAGAAAAAGAACCUGUUCAGGUGGAAACCAAGAGUGUAGAAAUUCUUGUCGAAAAAUCCAUUGUAGUAUCGCCUAUUGAACCCGUAGUUGACGAGACCCUUAUCAUUGAAACACCUCAAUCCCCGACAGAACCCAGUGAACUACUUUGGAACCUCAGUCAGGAUGAUUUCGUCAAACUUAUCAAUCACUAUAGGCAAACGGCAGGCGAUGCUUACGCAUUGUUGCCAAGGACAACUACAGACAAGACGAUAGCUCAGGAAACUCAAGACGAUAAGCAAAAGACUGACGGCAUUACAGAAACUGUAGUGAUAACCACGACGACCACGAUAACCGAUCGCGUUGUAGAAAAGACUGAACCAGAAGCAUCGUCAUUACCAAUCAUUCCUACCGCCCAACCAUUGACGGCACCAUCGGUUGGCAACCUCGAUCAGUUGCGUCUGAAUCUGUAUCUGGACGAUUGGCAGCCAGCUAGUGUUGAUGCAGAUUUGGCCGACAAUUUGUUCGACAGACUAAAUCGUGCUGAUGUCGCCAGUAGCGAAGCGGAACACGACAAAGACAAGAACCAGGAGCAUAAACCUGACGGUGAUCUUAAAAAGCCGGAUGGUGAUACUGGAACACCAGACAAGGACGAUCAUGACAGUGACGACGAUGACGACGACGACGAUGACGAAGAGGGAGGUAAACCGACUGUGCCAGAAAUUCGCAAGCCAAACGACGACGAUGAUAAACCGAACGACAAGGAUCCUGGUAGCGGUAGUAGUGGUAAUGUGACCCCCACGCCCGAGCACGAUGCCCAGUACGGUCAGAACCGUAGCUGUUCAUCGGAGUAUAGGUCCACCGAUCUGCCGGGUGGUGUGGGCCAUUGGCGAGACGACAGUACUUAUCUGGCUCUAGAAGCCGAACAGCCUCAGGUUAAACUAGAAUGUGAACCACUCGCACCCGCCAUAUCGGGUGUUGAAUCUGUACUAACCGAAACUAAUACCACAUGUCCCGACCCCGACCCCGUCGUAGCCCCUGAAACCAGUCCCAGUACAACUACUAGUUCCCUUAACGUUGCAAACGCACUAAUCCAAUUGGCAAGCGCCACAACUCACACGCUGUCCGCCAAGGCGAACGCAGCAGCAACAGCCACACAUGCAGCAGCGCUGGUAGCAACCAGUGCUCUACUUCCGGUUGCAACGGCCGUAGUCGAUAAGCUAACGACGAAAACAACAACACCAGCGGAGACACCAGCACCAGCAGCAGCAGCAUCGGAUGUUGCGGCCAUAGAGCCCCAUGUUGCACGUGCAACAGUACCAGAAGCAGCAGCAGCAACAACUCCGGCAGCAACUCACACCGAAACGACAACAAUUAGCAGCAGCAGCAGCGAAGAGGAGGUGGCGUUGCCCACCGAAAGUACGGGUGCGGUGCGACGCACCACAACAACAACAACAACCACAACCGUAACGACAACAACCACAGUUGAAACGCCAUCGACAACUAGCAACACAACGACAACGACAACAACCACAAGCAGCAACGAUCUGCAACAACAACGCCAGAAGGAUCUAAUUACGCAAGAGCUCGACGAACUGCUCCAAUCGCUUUCGAGCGUCGAGGAUGGCAUCGCCAACAUGAACCAGAGCAGCUUGGAUGGCAUGCUACACGGAUUGAAGCUAAUCCAGAGCAAUCUCGAAGUACACGAAAGGGACGCCAUCGAGUUAAAGAACCAGGCAAAGACAUUGCCCACAGAUCCGGCCACCGAACGUUUGCUGAACGACACCGUGGACCGUAUUGACCUACUACUACGCCGCACUCAGCAAGGCAUCACCAUGAUAGCGAAUGCUAUGCAUGGUCAGAAGAAGCGCCAGCAGGAGAUCGACGAGUACCAGCAACAUCUGCUGGAGCUGGAGCAAUGGAUCAUCGAGGUUUCCGCCGAACUGGCUUCCUUUGAGCCCACCUCGGACAGCAGUACGGAUGAGCAGGUGCUCAAGUCGCAGGUGGAGAGAAGCCAGCAGUUGCUGCGCACCCUCAAGGAUCGCCAGCAGUCCAUGGAGGAUUUGGUGGAACAGACGCGUCAGCUGCAAUCCCAUCCCGAUGUUGCACCCCUGGCGGACACGCUGAUGGAGCAGCUGCAGAGUAUCAUUACCAUACUGCGGGAACAGGUCACAGUGGCCACCAAGCGCAUCUUUACCAUUGAAAAGCGCAUCGUGGACUUGCGAAAGGCGAAGAGCGAGGAGGCGCAACGCCAGCGUGUGCUGGCUGAUUCACUCAUCAAGCCACCAACAGAAGUCCCAGCGGGUCCAGAGGCGCAUGAAUCCAUCGAGUCCAACGAGAACACCAUCGACUCGAGCUCCAUGCCCGAAGAGGAGAUCAAACCGACUGGAGUGUAUGUGGAGACACAGACAUCGCUCAGCCUGCAGCAACCCCCGGUUCAGGUGGUGACCACCACGACUGUGGAGGCGCAGACCAGCUUCAAGGAGCCAGCUGUAGAGACCGCAGAGGUGGCUCUGCAAACCCAGAAGGAGCGUUCGCCCACCGAGAACAUUAUGGUAACGCAAACGGUGCAGCAUGGCCAGGAAACGAUCCAGAUCGACACGACUCGCAACAAGGAUGUGCCCGAUGAGCCCGAAGAUGUCCAGAUUGAGGCUCGUUAUCAUCAACGCCCUAAGGGCGAUGUCGACCGCGCCACCGAGUUGAUCCUUAAAAAUGUGCCUCAAGCAUUCGAAACCACUUUCGUGGAGCCGGAUGAGACGACCACCGAAGUGAUUGUGGGACCCGAUGGCACCAAACACAUAGUGCUCAAGAAAGUAACCCGAACCCGCCAGCAAGUUGUACAGCAGCAGCAGAUUAGCUCAAUCGAGACAAUUAGCGAUUCGGAUGGCAACAUUGAGGUUCACUCCACAGGUCAGAUUAAUUUGGAGAAUGUGCACACCACGGACACCAAAGCUGAUCCGGAGGAGGGCAGUGUCCACACAGUAAUCACACAGCAAACACGUGGUGCUGUUGUGGAUUCAUCGCAGCCCGAGGGCGUGAUCCUACAAGAAUUCGAAACCGAGCCCACUAUUGAGACAUACGAAGAAGUGAUUGCCCCAGGCUCCCAGGCGCAACUGAUUUCCAUGCAGCCAGGAGAUGUGCAGACCCAAGGCACCAUCCGAGCAGUAGUCCAGCAGGUGACCCGUAAGGUGAUCCGUAAGACGCGCAAGAUAAUCAAGCGGGUGGUGAUCAUCGACGGCAAGGAGCACAUCACUGAGGAAGUGGUCGAGGAGCCAGAGGAAGUGGAGAUCACAGAGGAGGAGACAGCACCGCACAUCAAUGUAAAUAUUGUGCGAACCGUUGACGGAAAGGUGGUGAGUGAGGAGGAGUUCCAGCGAAUGAUGCAGGAGCCCGGAGUUCUAAUCGAAGAAGUUGCCACGGAUCUGCAAAAGCAGACGACGGCAGAGCCGCAGCAAGAGGUAUUUGAUAUUGAGUCUACCCAAGUCACAACCACCACAAGAACUACAACCGCAACCACACAAGAACAAGAACAGCCAGAACAACAGACACAACCAACAACAGAAACGACCAAAGAAGCACCAGUAGAGUUGCCAGCACCUCAAGUAGAUGUUGAACAACCCGUAGUAGUUGCCACUACCAGUCCCGUUCAUGUUCCAACAGCGGAUGUAGUCGAGCCCAACGACGCCUCGCCGACUGUAGAAGUCGAAGCAGUGGUUGAAGAUAUCAACGAGAUUUGGCCACUGGAACAUCACCUAAAACCCACCAACAUUGACUUCUCCCAGCACAUCGAAGAAUUGGCAGCACCAGCGACCACAGUAGAGACUGAAGCCUCCAUGCCAGUAGAGGAAAUUUGGCCGACAAGCCCAGAGACCGGAAACUCAUUGACCCUGGAGCACUAUGAAUUCGAGCCACAAUCCCCCCAUGAAGAGAGCACAAAAUCUGAUCUAGUUAAGCCCCAAGAGACUGAACCGCAAGCUGUUGCUGAAACCAAGCCAGAAGCCAUUACCACUGGAAGUAUUACCAUUACCAAGACUACAACCACCAUCACAAGCUCGACAGAAAUACCGGAGGAAACUCUUGCCCACAAUUUGCCAGCAGAUGAACAACAGCCUCCUGCAUCCAAAAUCAAGACUGACAUUAACAGUUUCCUUGUAGCCGAACAGACUUUGGCCGCAGCUCUUCAGGAGCAGUCUUCAACUCCCACCGAAGCAUCGGUUGUUGAAGAUGUAAAGGAAAUUGUUCAGCCCAAAGAAAUUGUUCUUGAAGAGAGGACUGUUGAAAUUUCAACCAUCAAGACUGAAGAGAAUCAAGAAACACCAGUUACAGUGGAGGAAGUGAAAUCACUGCCCGCAGAGCCUGAACCAGAAGAUUCCGAGCUGAAGGAAGUGGCCAUUGACAUUGUUGAGCAGACUGACCAAAAGCCAGAAGAACUCGUUGUGGGUACACAACCAACACCUGGUCAAAUCGACUUGCGUGCCGCCACUCAACUCUUCAUCUCUGGAGAGGCCGCAGCUUCAGCGGCACCACAGAAAACCUUCCAAAUUACAGCACCCUCUCUGGAGGACAAUGGCGCUGGCGUGCUGAAGGUUGUCCUGGGCAAGGAAGAGGAUACCGCAUCUCCAACCACCGGCAAGGUUAGCAUGACCAUCAUUGAGACCGCUGCUGCUCCCGUCGCCGACGCCAAGCGGCGUCGAAAGAAAAAGAAGAGAAGAGAUACAAAGCACGAGGAGGAGCUCGAGCAAGAACAAGAGACUGAGCCGGAAGCCGUUGCCGUUCAGGAGCCUGAGGUGAGCUCUGAUGUGCCCGUUUCUCCGGAGGAUUCUCCACGCGAUACCGUUCGCCAUGAGUCCAUAGUUGAGAUUAGCCCCGAUAGCGAUUUGUCCAGCAUUGAGACGGACACGAAGGUGAAGAUUGUGGAGGAUGCCGUUGUUUCUUCACCAUCGGAGUCGCCACGAGCGCCAAUGGUUGAGCUGGUCAUUCCCACUGAAGUGGUUGAGUUGGCUUUGGUCGAGGAUGAGGAACAACAGACAACACCACGAGUUCCCUCGCCCACUGAAAAAUCGGAAGUCGAACAGGAUAUAAAGUCCGUGCAGACUUCGCCACAGCAUCAACCCACCCUGGAUGAGACUGCAGUGCAGACGAGUCUGGAGGUGCAGCCCGAUAACCAGGAGAAUGAAUCGCAAACACUGAUCGUGGAGAUAACGGAGACUGAAGCACAAACCACUCCCAGAAAUGAGGAGCAGCCUGUGGCUGUGGAAAUAUCCACCACUGAGAUUCAAACCGAUGUGAGUGGCCAGCCAGCUGAAACUGUAGAGAUUUCCAGCCAAACAACAGUAACCACCACCAUCGAGAAGGAACUGCAGACCACUCCAAAGGAUUCUCCUCGCGCACCAGAGGCAGGCAGCAGUGACGUGGUGGAAUCUCUGGUGCAGGACUUGGUUAAGGAUAUGACUACCGAUCUGCCAGUUCGUACAAGCGAACAGUCUACCGUGACUGAGACCACCACAACCACGGAGACCCAUGUGCAGACAGCCACUCCGGAGCCAAGGGAACCAACUGAAGACAUAAGACCGGAAACUGUCCAUGAAGAGACCUCAACCCUGGAACUUGUGCAGGUCGCUGAUGGUGAGAUGCAAACCACGCCUCGUGGAGAUGAGCAGCCCGUAUCUUUGGAUGAUACCUCACUGACAGCCACAUCGAUAUCCGUUUCGGAACCCUAUGAACUGGAGGUCAAGACUACGGUGGCCAUUCCCGCCGAUUCUGAUACAUCCGUGGCUGAGCCGACGGUCUAUGAAUACACGCAGACCAUGCAGCUGCCCAAGCAGGACAAGAAAUCCAAGAAGGACAAGAAAAAGAAGCAGAAGAAUGUGCCUGAAGUGGAGCAGCAGCUGCCAGAGGAGCCACAGAUCAGUGUGACCGUUGAAAUCGCACCUGAGUUGCUAACAGAGUCAGGUAUUGUGGUAUCCACUAACCAGCAGAUUGAAGAUGUGCCUCAUGUAACACCCGUGGUGGAGACUGCCAUCGAAUCCGAAGAAGUGGAAACGCCCAAAGCUCAACGAGUGCAACUUCAAAUCACCAAGACCACUGUAUACGAUGAGUAUCCCGAUCUGCCAGUGCAUAUUACUGAGCAGAACAAGGUCUUGAUUGCGUCCCAGCAGAGCAAACGAUCCGGAGCAGGACCCACAUCCUCAGCGGUGACCAUCGAAGAGGUGGGCUCACCCACGGAGGAGCUGGUGGUGCCCAUCACCCCGGGACCAGACAAUCUGAGUGGCGAGCCCCAAAACAUUUGGUUCAGUGCCACCACCAGUGUGGAUAAGACACCCAUUGAACUCUCCCAGGCUCUGAUUAUGAGCGAGAGUUUGCAGCACUAUCCAGGACAACAGCAACUGACCAACCAGCAGCCAAUCCUGAUUUCCACCAAGGAGGCCAUUGGCGAUCGCAUCAAGCAGCUCAAGCAGGCGACGCCCCAACAAGCCACUCCCCUGAGCAAUGUGCUCCACUUGGCCACCUUAUCGGAACAGAUUAAGGAACUGCCCACUGAGCAACGCAUCUUGGAGGUCAACGAAGGUCUCCAGGAUCUCGAUGUUGCCAUUAAAAAUGGUGACAAGACUGUGAUUCAAACCACUGUCAUCACGGUCAUCGAGAAGGUAUCAACUUGGUUGGAAACCAUCGAGUAUCGCGUCUACCUCAUCAGGCAGAACUCCAAUGAGGGACCCUCCGAAGAGAAGCUGGACAACUAUAACCAACUCAACGACGAGCUUAGCACGAUCAAGCAAAAUGUCGGCCAGCUGGAGCGACAAUUGUCCAAGGCUGAACCGGAACCAGAGUUGCUGCAGUGCGUGGAUAGCCUAAAGGAGCAUGUGGAUGCAGUGGAGCAGGUGACACAACAGAACCAGGUGCAGGACAGCAAUGAUCUGGACAAGUGGCACAGCUUCGAGGUACUUCUGUACAGCGUGUCCGCCGUCUUGGCCGAGCUGCAGCAGAGCUACGAUCUUUUGAUCAAUCAGGAGUAUCCCUUGUCCGCCAAACUGGCCCAGCUGGACGAGUUGGAGCAGCAGCACGAGGCGGCACAGCAGCAACUUGCGCAGCUCUGUCAAAAUGCUCGAGCUUUCCAGCGCGAUUUCCCAGGCAAGAAGAUGCCGCAGGAUGUGCACAAUGCCUUCGAGACCAGCAAGAAUAUUGCCAACAACAUUCAGGCAGAGCGUGAGCGUGUCCUUCAACUUCAAUCCCUGGCGGAGGAGUACGAGCAGACCCUCAAAGAGUUCACCAAAAUCACGGUUCUUGCCGACAAGCUGGUGGAGAGUCCAAUUGUUUCCAGUUCCCUCGAGCAGCUAAACAACGAGGUGCAGAAACAGCGGAAGUUCUUCGUAAAUCUCAGCCACUGUCGUGCCAUGUUGGAGUCCCUGGAGGAGAACAUCGAUAGUGAGACCCGCGAGAAGCACUCGGAAUUGCACAAGGAGCUCUACAACAGGGCUACCAGUCUGCUGGACAAGGCAUCCGAAAGGUCCUCCAAACUGGUGCAGGCUGCCUCCCGGUGGACUGUGCUGGAGAAGGGCAUGCGAGAUGAGCUCCAAUGGCUCCAGGUGGCACAGCAACGAGUUCCCGACUUAUCUGCCGUAACUUCCGCCGACUACGAUCAAUAUACCACCCUGUACCAAUCCCUGAGCAAUGAUAUCUCACAUCACUACGUGAAGAUGACACAGCUUUCGGGAAUUGCCAACAAGUUGCAGCAUUUGGUGCAGGCUCCCAAUCUCGUAGAGGAAACCAAUGAGGCAUUGAUAGUGCUGCUCAAACUGCGCGAGGAGGUUGCUCUCUACCUUCACCGCCUUCUGGUCUUCAAGGAAAUCUGGGUGCAGUACGAACAGCAAACGGAUAAACUGGAGGCCUUUGUACGCGAAGCAGAGCAGGAACUGAGGAACAUUCAGAUACCCUCGCAGCCCACACACCAGCCCAUCGAGCACAUGCGUCAAUUCUGGGAGAUCAAGGCCCGCUUCGAGCUCCACAAUAAUGUGCGAACCGAUACGGGUCUGAGCUUUGAGAAAUCCCUGCAGGUCAUUCCAUUGGCCGACGAGAUGCUUCAGCGGCAGUUCCAUGCCCAACUGGAGGAUCGCUGGCAGGCCGUGGCCCAGGCCAUCGAGCUCAUUCAGCACAACAUUGUAGAGUGCCUGUCGUCGGAGGAUGUGCCCGCGGACGAGAAACUCAAGAUGGUGGAGCGAGAGCUGCAGGAGAUCUACCUGACCAUGACCAGCAUGAAGGGUGUCAUCAAGAACGAGGAGGAGCUCUGCCUGUACAUCGAACGAGUCCAAGUACUACGCACUCGCGUCGGAUUCAUUGGCAACGAGCUGGGCAGGAUUGGACUUCAGGAGCCCGCCAUUGAGCCGGAAAAAGUGGGUGAGCUAUUCGCGCUCUCUCACAAGAUAAGCACCCAGAUUGCCGAGGAGCUGGAGGGUGCAUCUGUGCUGCGUGACCAACUGCAGGCCAUCCAGGAGGGUAUUAGCAAUCAACGCAAACACCAGGCCAAGAUCUCGGUCAUACUGGAUGAAUGUGAAGCCGCCGAGCGCCAAGGAGCAGAUGUCCUCGAAAAGGCCGUCGCCGAUUGCCAGGCCGCCGGCGAGGAGCUGGUCAUCAGCUGGCAGGAGAUUAUGCGAAUCCGCCAGAUGCUCCACACCCUGCCCAUGCGCCUCAAGAUGUCCGUUUCCCCAGUCAAAUUGGAGAGGGACAUCUCCCAACUGCAGGACGACCACGCCUUCCUCGAGAGCAAGUGCACCAACAUUAUGGCCAUCCUGCGAAGCCGACUGGCCGUCUGGCUGCGCUACGAACGUCAGCUGGAGCUGGUCCACGGAUCCGUCCAGGAAACCGAUUUCAUGAUGGAACUCAUCCGGGUGCACGGUCAAGUCGACUACGAGCGCCUGCGCAAAGCCACGGAACGUUUGGAGGGACUGGCUGGCGAUCUGCAAAACCGCGAGCAACUGAUCGAUGAGCUGAAGGGUGCGGCCAAGCCGCUGAUCGAGAGCUGCGAUGUCCAGAUUGUCGAGCAGAUCGAGUCCGCUGUCCAGGAGGCGGUAGUCGCCUGGCAUGACACCAGUGAGAAUCUGCAGCAGCUGCGAACCCGCUACCAACGAGCCGUCGAACUGUGGGACAAGUACCGCAACGCCUCAGCGGCCGUCAAGAACUCCAUUGACCAGCAGAUGGAUACGGUCAAGUCCCUGGAGCAGCCCCUGGAUGCCCUGCAGCACGCCAAGGUAUGCCAAGACAACCUGACGACCCAGAAUGACAGAAUCUUGGAGCUGCGCGACAUUGUGGCCAAGAUCGCCGCCGAUGUGGGCCUGGAUGCCUCGGCCCUCAUGCAAGGUGAACUGGAUGCACUGGGCCAGCGGUUGGCCGAGUGCAAGGAUGCCAUCACCACGCUGGCCAACGUGGCCGAGACGCAGGACAAGGAGCGCAAGGAGCUCGACAAGGAGGUGACUCUGGCCAAGGCCUACUUCAACAAUGUGCAGCAGGACAUUUCCCGAGAGGUGCCGCAAAAUCCCAAGGAGAGCGAGGAGCAGCUGGCCGCGUUGCGAGCCCAUCUCCAGACUUUGGCACGAACGGAAGAGCAGCUGCGUCAGCUGAAGGAGCGCCAUCAGAACAGCAGCGAAGUAGCACCAUCGGCGACUGGCAGCGAUGACGAUGGCAUCCUGGAGGUGCUUGCCCUGUGGCAGAAGAUCUUCCAGGACACCUUCCAGGAGUACCAUCGCCUGUCCACGCGACUCGCCCGCAGCCAAAAUAGCUCGGAGGCGCUGCGAUUGUGGCGGCAGUACCUGCAGCACGUCCAGUCCUUCCUGUCCUGCUCCAUUCCCGAGGAUUACAGCAGCCUGCGAGAGCAGCAGCAGCUGUGCGCCAUCCACCAGAACUUGCUCAUCUCGCAGCAGAGUGUGCUUUCCGAAACCCCACUGGAAUCGGAGCUAUCGGAGCAGUACAAGGCACUGACCAACCUGCACAAUGAAACGCUCUCGCGGAUCAUGCAGCGAAAUGGUGAGCUGGAGAGGCGUGUGAGUGGCUGGAAUGCCUACCGCCAGCAGCUGGCUGCCCUUUUGGACUGGCUGCGUCAGAGGGAAGCGGAGCGCCAUGCCCUCCAACUGCGCUACAUUCACCUGAAGCGAGUGCCCCACCUGAAGCACCGCUUGGAUGCGAUGAUCCAGCAGCUGGAGCAGGGAGAACAGCAGAGCAAGGCUUUGCAGGAGCAGCAGCAGGAGCUGGCCAGGCACUGUGACGACGCGCUGGCCACCGCCAUGCGAAUGGAGCAGGCCAGCAUUGGCCAGCGGAUCAGCAAUCUGCGUGCGGCCCUUAAGACCUGGCAGGGAUUCCUGCAGCGCGUCACCCAGCUAUCGGAAAGCUACGAGCAGCGAGUAAACCAAUUGCAACAGGAAUUCGGUGCAGCUCAAAGGCUUUUGGAUGCCAAUAGCGAGUCCCUGCCCACUCAACCAGCGGCGAUUGAGCAACUUUUGGGAUCCCUACGUGCGCAGAGGGUACAACUUGGUGCCCAAGUCUCCGCUCUGGAGAGUCUGACUGUGACCCAGGAGGAGCUCAAGGAGUGCAUCAGUCCGCACGACAUGAAGACCAUUCGCCAAAGGAACUGGCUGCUCUGGCAGCAGCUCGCCGAUCUGGACUACCAGCUGGCCAACCUGAUCAACUCCAUUGAGGAGCGGCUUUCCCUACUGUCCAACUAUCAAAUCAGAUACGAUCGCAUCUCCCAGUGGCUGCAACGUUUGGAACAGCGUGUGGAAAAGGAUGCGGAUGUCACGGCCAUGACCAAUCCCGAACAGGCAGCCAAGCAGCUGGAGCAGCAAGUUAAUUCCGAGCUGCAACUGCGGGACAAGGAACGGGAGUGGCUUCUAUCCACCAGCAGGGAACUGCUCACCCUCUACUCCGAGCCGGAAGUGCGGUCCCAGGUGCAACAGCAGAGCGACUCCCUCAUCGAUCGCUGGCAGCGUCUCAAGUAUUUGGCCAAGCAGAAGGCCACCAAGAUAGGGGAGCUCAAGAUGACACUUCUCCGGUUGGAGGAGCGCAUCGCCCUGAUCCGCGCCUGGCUUUUCGAGGUGGAAUCCCAACUGGACAAACCCUUGAAUUUCGAGAGCUACACACCGAAUGUGAUCGAGGCCAAGCUAAAGGAGCAUGAGCAAAUCCAACGCUCCAUUGAGCAUCACAGCAGCAAUGUGGGCGAGGUCCUAAAUCUCGUAGAGAUGCUCCUCAACGAUGCGGACAGCUGGCGCACGCAGGUGAACACUUCCGGAUUAGCGGCAUCAGCUCAGAAUCUGGAGCAGCGCUGGAAGAACGUGUGCAGCCAGUCGGCGGAGCGCAAGGCUCGCAUCCUGACCAUUUGGAAUCUUCUCCAGCAGCUGAUCAAACUCACGGCCGAGCACAAGAACUGGCUGGGAAAACAAGAAAGCCAAAUUGCCGGCUUUGAACGAGAUCAGAAGUCCAACAGCAAGCAAAAGCUGGAGGAGCGCCAGAAGGAACUGAGAGCUAAGCUGGAGGAGCUGGAAAGCCAGUCGGUGAAUCUUCGCCAGCUGGAGCAGAUCUAUGCCAAGCUAACCAUGAGCGCCGGCGUCGAGCCGGAGAACAUCCAGAAACUGACGCUGCCCACCAAGGUAAUGGUGAGCAUGUGGCGCCAGUUGACACCACGCUGUCAUGCCCUAUUGGAUGCCAUCGACAAGGAUGCCAAGCUUAUGCGCGAGUUCAACAAUGCCCAACUGGAGGCCACCAACUCUCUGAAUGCCAUACAAAAGGCUUUGGAACAACUGCCAAGCGUGGAGGAUCAGCAGACCUCCAAGGCGCAGCCCAAAGCGGUGCUCCAACGAUUGGAGAGCCUGGAAAAGAAGCUGCAGGACGCCCAACAGCAUGUCCAGCAGGCGGAUAGCCUGGCCCAGGAGGCCAAGACCAGGACCAAGCAGCAGCCCCAACUGAAGCAAUUGCUGGAACUUGUGUCCGCCUACACCACCCUCUGGCAAACGGUCCACACCCGCAUUGUGACCCUCAAGACCACGUGGCUGACCAGAGCAGCACAGGCAGCCGCCGCGCUGCCGGUCAAUGAAGCAGCCAAUGCCGCCGUCCAGGUAAACACCCUGUCCCAGCGGAAACUUCGGCAGGCGCAGCAGAUGCAGAGGGAAACCUCCAUCACGGCCAAGGAUGCGUACAUCAUGGAACUGCAGACGGCGAUCACGGAGUGCCAGAGCAAUCUGGACGAGCUGCAGCGCACGGUGGUGGACAAGACCCGCAAGCCGGGACCCCAGAAGAUAGCCAAGCUGCUGGGCAACGCGCAGUCAUCCACCGAGCUGGUGAAGCAUCUCAGCCAUCUGCUGCUCACCGAGUGCAAGGCGGAUGACCAGGCUGCCGAGGUGGACACCGUGGCAGAGCUCACGUUGCGCUUCGAUACACUGCAAUCGCAGUGGAAGGCGCGACAGCAGCACGAUCAAAAUGCAAGGUGCCACCUACCUGCGUCCUACAAGUACAACUGCAUCCACGAGGUCGGCCGGCUAACGUGUCCGCUCUGCACACAGCGAAACUGGCAGCAGAUCGACAACGAUCUGUGGCGCCUCGAGCAGUGGCUGCAGUUCGCCGAGAGCACCCAGAAGGCCCAGUCAGCCCCGCCCUCGAAUAUCGAGCUGCUCGAGGACGUCACGCAGGACCAUCGCGAGUUCCUGCUGGAUCUGGAGAGUCACAAGUCCAUCAUAUCGUCGCUGAAUGUGGUCGGUGACCAUCUGGCCACGCACACUUUGGAUACCGAAAAGGCGAGGCAACUGCGAUCGCGUCUGGAGGCGGACAAUGAGCGCUGGAACAAUGUGUGCAUCAAUGCUACCAAAUGGCAGGGUCUGCUGCAGACCGCCCUGAUGGGCAACAGCGAGUUCCAUCAGACCAUCGAUGAGCUGGUGGAGUGGCUGCAGCGCACGGAGCAGAACAUCAAGGCCUCCGAGCCCGUCGAUCUCACCGAGGAGCGCUCCGUGCUGGAGGGCAAGUUCAAGAAGUUCAAGGAUCUGCGAGCCGAGCUGGAAAGAUGCGAACCUCGGGUGGUCAGCCUGCAGGAUGCCGCCGAUCAGCUGCUCCGCUCCGUCGAGGGCUCCGAGGAGCAGUCCCAACACACCUACGAGAGAACCCUUUCCAGAUUGACCGAUCUCCGGCUGCGCCUCCAAUCCCUGCGUCGUCUAUCCGGCAUCUAUAUCGUCAAACUGGGCGCCGUUCUCGGUUACGAGGGCGACAACCUCGGCGUGCCACUGCACAUGUUGUCCAGUGAGCUUUUGGAUAAUACUACAUUAUCAACCUCUUCUAUGCAGGCCGCCGCACCCAACACAGAAAAUGCAAACAACACCGAUGGCGGCGAUGCUGUCGAUGGCGAUGUCAUCAAUACCACGGUUCUGGCACGCGGUGCACGAUUCCUAGGCCGCGUUGCACGUGCCUCGCUGCCCAUUCAGGCGCUCAUGCUGCUGCUGCUAGGUGUGGCCACCCUGGUGCCCCACGGUGAGGACUACACCUGUAUGUUCUCCAACACCUUCGCCCGCAGCCUGGAGCCCAUGUUGUCGUAUCCCCACGGACCGCCACCCACGUAAGGCUGUCGAGUUGCAAUUGGAUUAGUGCAAUGAAACAAACAAGAAAACCCUAAACCCAACAUAGGUACUAAGCAAAAACCCCAGAGCCCAGAUUUGAAGAUGCCUUUUGUAAGCUAAAUUUCAAGUAAGAAAAAUUUGAACAAAAAAAAUGUUGAAUAAUGAAAUCGAAGAGUUGUACAUUUGUGUAGUUUAUCACAUUUUGUAAUUGUAUGUAAUUUUAUAGUCAUUCGAUAGCUAGAGGCAUUAAUAAAUCAAACAAUUUGUAUAUAACCUACUGAACAGAACAGACUCGACAAGCCGAACAUAUGAAACACGUGAAAGAAUUGAAAAAAAAAAAAACAAAAAAAAUAAAAUGCUUGAACUAACUAUUCAAACUAACGACAAGUAACGAAAACCCUUUUGUAAAACGAUAUAUACAUUAUACAUAUAUAUUUGCACAGCAAACAAUUUAUAUAUUCAUAUAUACCCACGUAUAUGAUCCCAAGAAAACUAUAGAGAACCCAAAACAUUUUGUAUAUACAAAAAUAUCUAAGCUAAAACGAAAUCAAAAUACGCACACGAACAUUUAACUCAUCAACGCACGUUUUCCCAUUUAGAGAGAGAUCCUGGGCAGCACGAAAUUGCGAUCAGUAUCCUGCGAAUUUCGUGGAACAUUUUUGCAGGACACAAUCUCAAGUUCCCGCUGCUGGCGAUGGUCUAGACAAGCAAACGAAUCCCAAGACAAAUCAUGACCCACAUAGACCAAUGGCCUGAAGAUCUGCUUGGUGACCCAUGUCCCCAGCUUGCAGCGCGUCCUUCUCCCAAACUCAGGGCGAUGCUGUCAACAGGAGGCACAGGCCGCCAUUUGGACUCCGGCUCCUAAGAAGCCCCCCUGUCAAAGGAUCCUUCUGCCCAAGGCCAAGAUCUCUCCCACGGCCAAGGGAUAGAUGAGAUAACAGCCAGUGCGCCAGCCACAGGACACUGUGUUCGCAUCCAAUCCUUAAACCCCAUCCGGACAUUGGGGGGCUAGACAUUUCAAAGCAUUCCUCUUACUCAUUUCCAAAUUACCAAUAGACUUUGACCAUCGAAGCCACGACUCUCGAUAAUAAAAAUGGAAAACGUGCGUGCCACGAGCAUUGAACAAAACGAAGCAAGUGUCCUAUGCCGGUGCUAAACCAACCUACAAAUUUUCUGUAUAAAGAAAAAAUGUAAAAUGCGUAUACAAAAAAAUAAAAAGAAAUACAUGAAAGAAGAGAUUAAUUCUUUGCAAAAAAAAAAAACGUAAACGUAAAAUGCAAUUUGCAAUUUGCAUAUUGACAAGUGACGUAAGUCCAUCCAGUAAAAAUACCUAUUAUGUUGUUAAUAUUUUUUGAUAAACCUAAUUAUAUUUGCCUUAUACUUAUCCAACUUGUUUAUUACAACUAUUUUUUAUUAUUUAACGCUUGAGCAAUUAUUGAAAAAAUACAUACAUUUAUUUAGUAGGCCUAUGAACGAUUUACUAUGUAUAAAAUUAAGUUUGAAUUAAAUGUUAAAUCUGUGUACUUUGCUGCUUUUCUCUGGUUAUGAAAUUAUUAGCCGUUGACAAGUUAAUAUAAUUUAUGUAGCAUUUUAAGAUUUCCUUUCUUGUGAACAACUGUACCUUUAUAUGCAUUAUGAUUAUUAAAAAAAAAAUCAAACAAAUAAAAA